AUGAACAAGGUAAGGGAUUGCUGGAGUCACUUUUCUGUGGCCACAUUGGUAAUUAUCAAGGCCACAUACACCUCUUCCUAAACUUUGCUAGUUCUGUCUUUUCCAAGCUUUGUAGGCUUGAGCCAUGUAGGAUGGGAAGAAGCCAAAAGCUGGCUAUUUCUUACACAGACUAGGCUGCAUGCAGCCAGAAGUGUAAAAUUGUUUGAUGUAUUUAAUGUUGUCGGUGUUUCAUUUCAUAGUGAAAUAAGUCUAGAACACAAUCCUUGAGAGAUGAGGCCAGUCCAGUUUUAAGGAUAAAUCUGUUCAAACACAAAUGCAUCAGUGAGCAAAGUAUAUUUUAUCGCUGUGUUUAAAUAUGCACAUUUAUGCAUUCUGUGCUCAGUUCAGCAUAUUAUAGGGCACAGCAGGGGGUUCAGAAAGGAUGGGAAUGCAGAGAUGAGCACACUUCUUACUGCAAAUAUGGUUACACUCUGAUCCAUCACUCUCUUACAGAUUUUGGCCCUUAGUUUUGUGGAGAAUAUCACGUAAUAGAUGUAUCCAUGCCCACAUUUGUUUGUUUAUUAUUUAUUUUUUCAAUUUAUGCUUUUUAUCUAAAAGUGGUUUAGGGGAUUUAUGAAGAAAACAUGUGCAAGUACUUAGCUAAUUCUAGCUGCCUUAUAAACACAGUAUGAUCACAAGGUUUUGGUGCAGUUUUCUUGAUGAGGUUGCACUGCAACAUUUGUUUUGUCAUUAGUAGAGUCCUUCCAUGAUUUUCCAGGAUUCUUGCUGCAGAAUAAUAGAACAGAGACAGAGUUCAAGGCAAGCCAAACUCAGUAACAGUAUAAACAAUCCAAAGGCAAAAGUAGUGGAAACUAAAUAUAAGAGGCAAAGGUCUGAAAAAUAGGUUUCUAACAUGAUGGAGUCAGGCAUUAGCUGUAAUGUAAAGCUCUGAAGUGAAAAAUCAGGUAAUUCACUUAAUUCUAGAAUACAGAAUGAGAUCAGGUGGUGAAAAGUUGGGGAUAAAUGAGCUAUCGAUCAGUGAAUUGAAAUCAAAGACAAGAAGCAGUUACUUUCAAAGAUUCCUGGGGAAGAAGGCAACAAAUAUGGUGUCUGAGAUACCAUUCUAGGAUCAAUCAAUGCCAGGGGAAAUGGUACUGAGAGAUUCACUGGAUAGCACCUGGAAAAAUGUUUGAUGAUGGCCUUGUAGCUGACACUACCAAUUACUGCUGAGCCCCAUGGCAUGAAGUAAGCCCACGAUGUAUACAUUGACGUCUCUCUGCAUUGUGCCAAGGCUGUCUAGCCAAACUCUGUUGCUGUUCUGGUGCUUUAAUAAUUGCAAUAGAGAAAGGGACUAUCUAGUACAGAAAGAAAGAGAUACACAGGGGAGCAGAAUUGUGAGACACAUAAUAGGGCAUGGAAAUUGGGAGAUCCACAAGGUAAGGGUUGCUUAGAGAGUGAUAUAAGGGAUAGGGACAUACAAAGAGGGCGCAUUGUAGAGUUGAAUGGAGAGCAAAAGAAACAAAAGAAUGAAACAUGGGAACUUUGCAAUUUUAGAGUGUUAGAUUCAGUUGCGACUGGUGAAGACACAAGAUGGAGGGGUACUAGAUUAUAUCCCAGGGGUUUGACUCUGCCCACUUGACCCCAUGUAGGCAUGUACUGAGCCUAUACACAUAUGGGAACCCAAAAUCUGACUUCACUCACUGAUGGUGUUACACCAUGGCAUCCCUAGAAGACAGAACAAUAUCCAGGGUGAUCUUUUAGCAUGCAUAUGACCUGAUUGACCAUGCAAAGUGAACAGGAUGCUACAUAAAAUCCCUUUAGAGCAGACUAAGCAUGUCUGAAGGGUAUAUACACAGAAUAUGGGGCAACUGUUUAAAAAUGCCCCAAAUCUCAAUACGAUUAGUUGCUCAGCCUCUUUGCAGUAUCUUAAGUCUACAGGAAAACACUGCUAAACAUUUCAUGGCAGAGAGAAUGUAAAUUUUAUUACAAACUUAUAAUUAGUCCUGGCAACACCAAUAGAUAAGUCUCCACUUGCGAUGUUGAUUAUUUGUUGGGAAGGGCAUGGGUAAAAACCUGAAGGCAGGGGUGUCAUUAAUACAGAGUAGGAGGGGGGCUUUGAGACAAUUUGAUAUGAGUAUAUGCCAGGAUUAGGUUCGUGGUGUGCUUAAACACGUGAGGCCUAGAGAAGGACAUUUGAUUUAUGGGCAAGCAAGUGGAGAUCAACAGUGAUUAAGGGGAGCAGCUUAAACAGUGGUAAUGAAUUAGGGAGAAAUGGCAAGAGAGGUUAUCUUUGGAAACAAUAUACAGAAGGGAUGAAUUGGGGGAACUGUAAUGGAAGUGGGCAGGAACUAAAUUCAUUAAGGUGAUAUGGGACAAUGGAAAAGGUUCAUAUCAAAUAGGGAAGCAGGAUAUAUGAAUUACAUGAUGCUUAGGAGUGGAGUGUGGAAUAAGUAGGGGGCAGGAGAAGGGGAACAUCAUUUGUAUGUGGCCUCAGAGGAAGAGACAUAUCAAUGAAGUAAAGUUUUUGUUUUUUACUGGUUUGGGAUGUACAUUGUGUGGUUGUUUCUUCAGGAGGCCGAGCUGCGCAAUACUUUGGAUCAAACCUGUGUUUUGAUAUUUAAGUGGUAGAAAACAGCUGGUAAUGUUGCAGAUGCAAACUGAGAGUCCAUUGUGGAUUAACUGCAUCAAUGCAUACAGCAGUCAUUUUAAUAGAUGUUCAGUAAAGAGGAUUUAACUAAGGAUACCUCUAUUGUGUCUAGAUAAAUAAUUCUCUUACUGCACAGAGCAAGAAGAGAUUGUCGUUGACCAUCAGUACUUUGUUUCAUACACAUGCCCCAUGCAUAGCAAAACAGGGCAAUUACUUCAAAAAUUGCUCCUCAGAGUAAAGGCAAUAUUUUUCUUACUCUUUAAUUAAGCAAACAAUAACACAAUUUGAAUAGUUCUAUGUUUGUUCUCAGUGAUUGUCACACCUUAACAGUACGAAGGAGGAAAGACGUCAUGUAUUUAAUAUGAAUAUGGAAAAUUAGCAGCACUUUGCCAUAUUGGGGCACUUCAGUACUGACGUACAGCGGCUGAGAUAAUGCGAUAGUGUUGUCUAAUAGCUGUUUGUAUAGUCUGGGUUCCUAAAAUUAGAUGCAAUAUGUAGCUAACUAGUCAUACUGUAUGUAUGUGUCAGGGAUGAAAAGGAAAGAAGUAAAACAUAAUGUGUUGUGACGAAUUUAGGCAUUUCCAAACUAAAUAAACAAGUCAUCAUGCAGGCUGUGUAAUUAUUUUAAUAAGAGGGAAAAAUAUGUUCACUGUUGCUUGCUGUUUAAUUCCAUAUGCAGAGGGUUAAAGUUUUAAAACACGUGCAACGCUCUCUAGGAUUUUACUGAUGCAGGAAAGAAGUGCAAUAGCAUCAAAUACAAUUGCAACAUAUAUGUCAAAAUAUCUGAUAUGGAAAAAUGCACACAGUAACAGACGAUAGAGCUCGGCCCCUAGGAGGAAGAACAUAAUGUAAGUAUAUCUCCUUUUUUUUUUCUCCCGUCAUGAACCACCUUCAGAAGAUAGGUUACCAUAAAGAGUACUAGCUACCUGAUGAGCUUUGUAAAAAAAAAAAGAGAGAGAGAGAGAAAUAGCCCAUAAAUAAGAAGUGUGCUUUAAAGGGACAUGUAUUCCUUUAGCUUUCAAUAAGACAGUUGCCUUACUCUGUAGGAUAAAAAAAAGCCUGCAACUAUGAUUUACCUGCUUCUUUUUGAUUUAUCUACUCGUUUUCCUGGCACUAUAAUGCCCUGAGGGUGCCCCCACCCUCAGGGUGGCUCUGGGGAGAGAAAAGGGGUAAAACUCACCUUUUUUCCAGCGCCGGGCGGGGAGCUCUCCGCCUCCUCUCCUCCCAUUCGGGUGAAUGCGCACGCACGGCAACAGCUGCGCGCGCAUUCAGCCGGUCUCAUAGGAAAGCAUUCAUAAUGCUUUCCUAUGGACGCUUGUGUGUUCUCACUGUGAUUUUCACAGUGAGAAUCACGCAAGCGCCUCUAGCGGCUGUCAAUGAGACAGCCACUAGAGGAUUUGAGGGCGGGAUUAACCCAUUUAUAAACAUAGCAGUUUCUCUGAAACUGCUAUGUUUAUAAAAAAAAUGGGUUAAUCCUAGAGGGACCUGGCACCCAGACCACUUCAUUAAGCUGAAGUGGUUUGGGUGCCUAGAGUGGUCCUUUAAGCUUUCUACACUCACUCCAGGGAGGACACUGAUCUACCCAUGCAGGUAAUCCUAAUGCUUCUCUAUUGGGACAUUCAGCGCGUUCAUGCAUAGCGUGGAGACACUGAACGUCGGUACUGUGCACUGUGCUGUCUGAGUGACAGCCAUUAGAGGUGUUAUUAGUCAGCAAUGUAAACACUGCUUUUUCUCUAAAAACCAUGCAGGGAAAGGCUAUACACACCAGAGCCAUUAGAUUAAGUUGCAGUGGUUCUAGUGACUAUAGUGUCACCUUAAAAAUUAUAUUUUUGUCAUUGAAAAUAAAGCUUUGUUGGUUUUAAAAUGAAAACCUGGCUCCUAAAUUUUCUAGCUGGUUUCUAGAUUAAAUUUGUCAAGCCCUGCACUAAAGGUCAAAUUCACACUAUGGCUCCUAUAAACACCCACUUUAUCAGUGUCUUCAGCCUCUAGCCAUACAUACUACAUCACAAACACAACAUAUCUGAAACCAAACCAUUUACUCAAACCCCUACACCACAAUCAUCUCACUCUACACACAGGCAAUCCUGCAAGCAGCCUACAAACACAUGCACAUUAUGCUUUCCUGGCUCUUUUAGCUUCAGCUUUGCCACGUAUGGAGACACCAGAGACAAGUCAUAAGACUCAGCGAAAGCGUGUCAUUAAAUUUGCUUGUGCUACAAGGUCUGCCCUGGAGGAGCAUUGAACCAACAUGGUCAUACUGAGAGGCAGGGCCGCCACCAGAAAUUUUGGGGCCCCUAACUCAGCUCAGGGUCUGGGGCCCGCCUCCAAAUACCGCCCACAGGGUCCGCCUCCAAAUACCGCCCACAGGAAUACACACACAGACACAAACACACACACUGAUACCAAGGGACACAGAUACAUACUAACAGACACACAUACAGGCAUACAUACUGACACACACAUACUGAGACAUACACACAUAUACAGACACACAGGCAUACAUAGCGACAGACAGACACAUACUAACAUACAUACAGACACACAUGCAUGAGGACAUAAAUUCACAUACAUACAUACACACUGACAUACAUACAGACACUGACAUACAUACACACACACACACACACACACACAUACAUACAGACAUACUGACAGACAUACAGACACUGACAUCCAUACACACAUAAAUUCAUAAUGGCAUAGAGACAUACACAGACAUACAUUCAUAAUGGCAUACAGACAUACAUACAUACAUUCAGACUGACAUACAUGCAUAUAUACAGACAUACUGACAUACGUGCAUACAGACAUCCAUACACACAGACAUACAUUCAUAAUGACAUGCAGACAUACAUUCAUACAUAUAUACAUACAUACAUAAUGACAUACAGACAUAUAUUGAUACUGGCAUACAUACAUACAGACAUACAUGCAUACUGACAGACAUACAUUGAUACUGGCAUACAUACAGACAUACAUAUAUACGUACAUACUGACAGACAUACAUACAUACAGACAGACAGACAUACAUUGAUACUGGCAUACAUACAUGCAUAUAUACAGACAGACAUACAUACAGACAUACAUGCAUGCAUACAUACAUACAGACAGACAUACAUGCAUGCAUACAGACAGACAUACAUACAUGCAUACAUACAUGCAUACAGAUAGACAUUCAGACAGACAAACAUACAUACAGACAGACAUACAUGCAUACAUACAUGCAUGCAUGCAUACAGACAUACAUAUUGACAGAGAUACAUACAUACAUACAGACAUACAUUCACAUACACACAGCUCAUUUUCCAGCACCCUCCUGUCUCUUACCUUGUCUCUGCAGGAGGGUGGCUGGGGCUGAUGGGAGUAGUCGGCAUGGCUCUCCCUCACUGCCGGGUGCGCGCUCCUCCCACUUCCUCCCAGUAGCACUUGUGCUGCGUUUUUUUUUUUUUUUAAAGAAGAUAUGGGGCCCAUCGGGUGUCCCUAAGUACGUGGGCCACCCGAUGGGCCCCGGUGCAAGUGCACCGGCGGCAAUUCCACCGGGCCCGUGACAACCGUUAUGGUUGUCACCCCCUGAUGACGGCCCUGCUGAGAGGGGCCAUGCUUGUCAUUGGUGAUAGUAAAACAACUCCAAACAUCUCUGACCCACCCCCUCUUCACUGGGCUACUGUGAAUUCAAAAUGCCUGGCACUGAGUGUAAUCAUACAGAGCAGACUCCGGUGUCAAGAUUCUCUCGACUGCUGGUUGCCCUGUUUCUGUCAUUAGUAGACUGAUCUGAAACUGAGAUGGGUUGGUAAAGGAAAGGGGGGCAAAAGAAACUCCCCUAAUUGAGAGACAUGCCCCAUAAUGCAAUCUGACCAAGUUCAUAAUACGUUCAUUAUAUACUUCCUUUCUUUAUUUUAGUUUGUGGAUUUGUUUAAAAGUGUUUGCUUGCUGGUUUAAAAAAACAAUUGUCAAGUGAUACAUUUGCCUUUAAAGUAAUCAAAUUGUUCUCAGCCCCUAACCACACACCAUCCACGUGAACUUUUUAAAAUGUUGGACAGUAUUAACAUGCGCGUUUCUUUACAUCUAAUGACAAUACAGUAUUCUAUUGUAAAUGUACACAGCUCUACCUCUCUCCAAGCCUUACAUCUCCUAUCUUUUACAGGAAUAUGGGAAUGGCAAGCAUGGGGUCUCCCAAAUGCAGCAAAGCUGGAUGUGGAACUCUGUGCUUCUCGUAUUUGUUGUUGUGUGCUGCUCAGUGAUACCCUCUGUGAUUGGAUGUAAUAAAGCUCUCUGUGCAAGUGAUGUCAGCAAAUGUCUGCUGCAGGUGAGAAAUUGAGAAAUACAAUUACUUGUUGUAUAUACAUACAUGUGUCUUUUACCAGAGCAACAAAGCAGACAAUAUAUUUCAUAUUGUGGUCCUUAAUUAAACUGUUUAAUAGGCCUGGUUUCACAUCUUUAGGUAUCUAGAUCAUCUUAAAGGACCACUCCACAAUUAAACUCUUGAAUAAAAUAAAAAUCACUGUUUAGUAGAUAUACCCCCAGUAAACACAUUUUUCAAGCAUGUAUUCAUUUUGGGUAUAUCUUAGAUGAGCUUGCAAAAGCUGCAGAUCUUAUGAACUGCAGCCAAUGCAAGCCUUCCCCAGUUUCCCCUGAAACACUGGGAAAUAGUUUAUGAGAGGCUUCUAACUGAGAAGCCUUUGAAGCUAUGACUCAUGCGCGCACACAUACCCUGCACAGUGUUCAGAAAGAACGCUGGUCUGAACUGAGGUCUGAGGGAAGGAAGACGCACUCAAGUAGAGAGUUAGAUUGACAGCCGGGGGCUUUAUUAAUUAAUAACAAAAGUGCGGAUUUCUCACAAAAAUCUGGACCUUUAUAAAGUGCCUUUUAAUAGGAUACUCUUCACCCAUAAAGCACUUCAGAAAGCUUGGUGUGGAGUGGUCCUUUAAAAAGUUACUUCAAGUACCAUGAUAACUUCAUAUGAAGUCUGUAUGGUGUAAUUCCAUCUUCACCAGUGUCAAUGGGUCAUCAUUAGUCACCCGGAACAGGAGUUGCAAAUCCCAUGCACAGAAUUUAAUUCAUUUAGUGAGAGUGGUCAGCUGAUGCUCUCAUUGAAUGAAUGGCCGGCGGGUUCUGCUUCUUCAGCUUUGCAGAAGUUGGAUACAUCACAUCACAUCACUGGUUCCUGGAGGACCCUCAGCGCCCAGUGGGACCCAGAUAGGAAGGCAAACUAUUGUUACAAAUGGAAAAGGUGACAGGAUACCCUUAGGAUCAUAACCACUGCAGCAGAUGCACCUCAGCUUGUCAUAGGGUUAACUGCAUGUCCCCUUUUUACCAAUUCAUAAAUGUAACUAUUUUAAGGGAAAUUCUGAAAGUCUGAAUGAACUUAGAAUGCCCACAUGUUGUCAAGCUGAUAGCUAGGACGGCUUCUUGGUUCACCCCAAUUCAACAAUCAUUCACGUGGAAGUGAGUCCUUGAUUGGUACAUUCCUGGCAAUUAUUGCACAUAAGCCAUUUUUUUCUGCACAGAAAGGGAGACGGUCAUUGCUAACAUAUUUACUCAUACAAAUAUUUUGGAUUGGGAUAUUUAGGCAUAAAUCUAGAAUAUAUAUACUUGUUGGCCUUGUAAAUUGCUAGUUGGUGUAUAGAUUGAAUCCUCUUCAACUAACACAAGCCUAAUGCUGUGAUUUUUCUGUUAUCAUGCACUGUUAAUCAACAACUGAUAAAGACAAAAUAUGGUCAUUUUCUCUUACAGAAAAUGUGUGAAUAACGUAAGGCCAGCUUCAGAGCUCAAAAACAUUCCCCAUCACGGUUACAGAACCAAGCCUACUCUUGUGUAUAUGGAAGCUAUUACUCUUUAGACAGGUUUUGCUCUGCAGCAGUUUUAUAAAGAGCACACUAGCUCAGAAUAAAUUGACCACCUUCAUUUCCCUAGUUUCAUAAAUCAUACAUUUCAAAAUAUUAAGUAAAAACCAGGGAUGUUUAUUUUAGCUUUAAAAUAGUGUAUAUUAAGUAUUCAUUGCACGUAAAUGUGUUUAGUGGCUAGUUUCCAAUAUUUUUUAUGGUCCCUUUAAGCUUAACAGCAAUAUACAGAAGCACUGAGUUUGUUGUAUAUUUUAUUUAUUUGUCUUGGGACCAAGGAAUACACUGUAUAACAGAUAACAUAAUAUAGAAGAUACGUUAAUUUAUUAAAACUGUGGUUAAACCAUCUACAUAGAGUAAGAGUUUGUCCUCAGGUAGCCCUAUUUAUACAAACUGAUUACUUUGUUCUAGUGCCAGUCUUGUUUUUUUUAGCUGCUUUUACCUUGUCCAAUCCUUAUUAAGUUUGACAUCUUUAAACAAACCUCACUGACUGUUUGAUGUAUUAGCUCUGCUGUAUUAUUCAUUCCUAAGAGGCAAGAAAGUCUGCAUUCAGUGAAGGCUGGUCAAUAAUGGCUUAGAGGCCAAUUAACUAAUCGUAAAUAUUUCGGAAUUUUGAGAGGGUUUUUUUGUUAUGCCCUAUUUUCUGGGUAGACAUGCUCAGUCUGCUGUAACAGGAUUUCUGACAUCACUAACUGAAUUUGUAUUGGGCCUUCAGAUUCUGCACUCCCUAACGGGGUGUUGUGUAUUGUCCUGCUCACUAAGGCUGUUAUUGGGUAAGAGCAUUGUAGAGUAGAGUUGGACAUCUUUAAUGUGGUUUUUGUUUCCCUAAAUAUGUGUAUCUAGAAGUGUCAUGAGAUAUAACACUAAAACGCAGAGGAUCGGAUAAGUAUUGGUAGAACAAGUUUAUGGUGCUGAACAAAUCAUCACCUCUUAGUGGGCUGUGGGUAAAUGGGCAGUGCCCAACAAACUCCACUGACUGCUGUAAAUCACUGCUCUGAGGUGUGCCUUUCCUCUGGCCUUAAUUUUAUACUAUUAGGUAAGCUUUCCAAAUAAUUUAAUAUUUCUCAAUAAAGAUUUCAAAUUACUUUUUCAACAUAUGAAAUUAUCAAAAUACAAAAAAAUAUGAAAAUGUUUUAAAUACUAACACAUUUGAAUAUUUAUCAUAAUACUAAGUCAUUUUAAAAGUUUAUCCAAAAUUAUCAAAUCAUUUGUAAAGCUUAUCCAGAAAUAUUAAAUUAAAGCUUUAUAUAUCCACCUCAGCAGACCCAUCGCUGAGGUCUGCUGACACGUUUGUGGUCAGAAGCACAGAGUAUCCCAAGGCAGACAGAGCACAGAAAUGCCCACAAAUACCUGUCUGACUGCCAUCAGCUCCUGGUGUACCAGUGCCUUUUUUUCUUCCUCUGCCGAUGGCGUGCAGCUGUGAUGACUGCCGUGGAACAGAGGGAGAUUGUUCCCGAGGCGACUGAACUGUUGCUAUCUCACACUUUAACAGAUUUUACUGUGAACCAUACCUCAACAAAAAACAGCUUACUAGUUAACUGAUAACUGUCCCAUGAGGCUUACAGGUCCAUGCAUUUCUAGUUUACCAAUAAUCUCUAAUAUUUAUAGUGUUAGGAGUAUACCUGUGAGACUGUAUAUGCAAUUUAGUUGCAACCUUAAUCAUGGCCCCCAGCUUUUGCCCCUCUGGCUUUGUGAGACGGUUAGUGCAUCACCCCAUGCAGUGUUCCCCCAGAGGACAGAGCAAGGAUGUAUGGGGUGGGCAGUGGUUGGUGUCCUUGGGCUUUGUAGCUUUUUUAUUUUUAGUUUUCUUUUGAUGUUUAACUUUAAUUUGUUUCCUUUACCUAAAGAUACAUAUUGUGAGAUUGAUCCACCUGGACCAAGUAGGAUUCAUCCCAAAUCGCAAGGGAGUGUCAGGAUUAUAUUGAUCCAGCACACAGAAUAGUAUAACACCCUAGAACUAAAGGUAAUGUCUUACCAGACUUUAGAAUGGCAGGACUUAACGUACCCAAGAAUAGUAAAAAAACUAGCCGAGGUCAGGGACACAGAACGAAACAUAGCGAUAAGGAAAAGCCAAAAGUCAAGGAUACCAGAAACCAGGGAAAUCAAAACAAAGCCAAAGUCACAAACCAGAAAAACAUGAUCAGGAACACACUCUCGGAUAACCAGCUAGUGGAAACCACGACAGGGCACUGACCAAAAGGUAAUUUGGGUUUAAAUAACCCUCUUAAGGCUGUAAUUGGAUGUCUCUGACCCCAAAACGUGCGUGCGCGUCUAAGACAUAACAUCGCAUGCACGUUGGCGCCAUCUUUGAUAUGGGUGAAGGUGAGUCUCCUAUUAAAACCGGAACCGCAGCAGCCGGCGUCUCUAGGAACGCCGUACUCUCUGGGGACCGGUGUUCUAUCAAAUUUCCCUACCCGUGAAAAUACCCUACCCUCGUCACUUCCGAUGAGGGGAAUCAGCUGGACCCUGUGCUGCACAUGCGUGCUAGCACUCCUGCUACUCCUCCACAGCAAGGUCCUGUAAGGUAAGUAAAAGUAGUUUUACACUUUCAUUAUAGUUAGUGCAUUCACUAAGUUUAGGACAUGAGACAUUUAGGGUUAAUGUUAGGGUUCAAAUUAGGGUUAGGAUUAGGGACUUGUUCAUAUUUAGUUACAUUUCACAUUAGGGGAAUAUCUAUAAAUAGUGAUUUCUCACACUUUAUUUUAACCCUUACCCCAAGGGUUAGGGUAAGAAUAGAGUGUGAGAGAGGUUAAAAUAACUUUCCUAACCCUAAUUUGAACCCUCACUUAACCCUAAAUGUCCCGUGUGGCUAAGCUUAGUGAAUGCACUAACUAUAAUGAAAGUGUAACACUAGUUUUACUUACCUUCCAGGACCUUGCUGUGGAGGAGUAGUAGGAGUGCUAGCACGCAUGUGCAGCACAGGAUCCAGCUAAUUCCCCUCACCGGAAGUGACAAGGGUAGGGGAUUUUCACGAGGUAGGGGAAUGAUAGAACAGAAGUAGGUUGGGCAGCGGUUUGCCGCGACCAAGGUAUGUAUACGGUAUCUCUGUCGGCGUAGCCGCUUAGUUUAUGUGCGGCCAUGCCGGCAGAAGAACGGGGAGCCAUGACAGGGAGCUAAUAACAUCUGGAGAUGCAUAGACCUAACUUGAUAUGGCCAUAGAAAAUAUAUUUCACUAAUGCUAAUCUCUCAUGAAGUGUUUGAUCGGCUCCUAUGGCAGUUCUUGUUUACGGUGCUCACUCCCUUUGGUUUUCACACUUACAUCUUAACAUUCCUUACAGCACUAUAUGACUCUCCCAUGGGUGCCUUACUCUUACCAAACAUUCCCUCACCAUCAUUUCCGGUAGCGAAUGGAUCAUGCCAGAGGUGUCCAUUAUCGCCUCUCCUUUUUGCACAAUGUUUUGAACCCCUUCUACAUGCAAUACAGUCCAGCCAUACAAUUGCUGGAGUUAAAAAUGGGAGGAUUUUAAAGUGGCAGCGUACACUGAUGACAUUCUACUUACUCAAACUGAUACAGAGUUGUCCAUAGCAGCAGCACUCGAUCUAAUGCAACAGUACUCCUUUGUCUCUGGGUACAAACUUAAGUAAAUCUGAACUUCUCCCAGAUGAAAUUAAUAGUUCCCAGCUCUCUCACCUAAAUGAGAAAUUUCUCUUCCGAAUAAAUACCUCGGACACCACAUACCUAGGGGUUCAGAUCCCAUCAAAUCUGAAUACCUUAUAUGGUUCAUUCCAUACACCUGUCCUAAGAAAGGCAUUAGCUGAUUUGAUAUGUUGGAGAAACUUGGAGAUUUCCUGGGUGUGUCGUGUCGCCUCCAUUAAACUGAAUCUUCUCCCUAGUUUUCUAUACUAUUUCAGACACUACCUUUCCCUAUUAACUAGACAGAUUUCAAAACUUUGUAGUCUGCCGUGGAUGGAUUCGUCUGGAGGUGCAGAAGACUUAGAGUUUGUAGAAAAACAAUAUAUAUCUUGAAACAAAUGGGCCUGGGUUUACCCAACUUCAUUCAAUAUUAUUAAGCAGCCCAACUGGCACAUACCCAACAAUGGCACUUGCCACCUGACUGGAAAAGAUGGGUUGAAGUAGAACAUUUAAUCUCUGGCCAUGAAUUUCCUUCUGUGUACAUGUGGUUUCCCAGACAACAUCGACUCUUGGUUUCCUCAACAUCACCUAUGAUCAUCAACUCCUUCGAUUUGCGGGAUUGGGUUAAAGACAAAUAUGAAUUUUUAACCUUCCUAUCACCCCUCACAACGAUAUUGUGGAACAAAUUGUUCCCACAUGGUUUUUUACCUGAACACAGAUUUAAGGAUAGAAACAUAACAAGACUGAUGCGUAUCCCAACUGAUGGGAUUUGUAAAUAGUUCUCAUUCCCCUUUUCCCCCAUAGUCAUCCCUACACCUCCCUGGCCAAUACUCAUAACCCCCCUCCUUCUUCAAAACAGGCACAGUGGAACCAUAGAGAACGUGAUAGCUAACUCUCAGGAUUAUAGUCAAAUCAGACCCACUACUCUUACUCCACAACUUUCACAUAGGUUUGGGGCGGGGGGAGAGGGGGACUCCCCUCUACCAGUUUUUGCUCUGAGCAAAAACUGCUCUAAUCUACAUUGUACACAGGCUUCCUUUUAUGUGGUGGUGAGAAAGUAAUCAUUACUUAACUAGAAUUGUCAAUUUUAGUAGAUGUUUUCCUCUUUUUAUUUUUGUUGAUCUCUUGUUUAUUUACUUGUAUGAAUGAAAAAUAAAGACACUUAUUGGUCUUUGUAUCCAUGUAUUAUACAAAUCAGACAUUUUUUCAACAAAACGAACAGUGACUCUAUUUCCAUUCAUAGUGUUCAAUAGGGCAUUUUACACCGAAAAGGGUCUGGCUCGGAAAGGAUGCAGACAACAAAUCUGCAAGUGUUGUAAACUGUUUUGUAGAUAUACCCACAAUAAAAAAAAUCAGCAAUGAGUUAGUGUAAGAUUUAAUUGGGGUAUUGCUACUAAAUUGUUUUUUUUUUUUAAAACAUUUGACUAUUGGAAUGUCCCUUUCAUUGAACCAUAAAAUACAUCCUGCAUUUUCCAGGUUGCCGGCAGAAAUUGCUGAGAAAGCUCCUCCAUAGAUUUUACAGGUUUUUGUUAAUUCCCAGGUGGGGAUUGUGCUCUCGCCAAUGUUAAGUGGUUACAUAACUUCAAUCUUGGAAGUUGUACAAACUUAAUUUAUCUAGUAGCAACCUUGCUUCUCUCAACUACAGCCGAUGCCAAGUCUAAUGGUCCAAUAGCAAUAUUGAUUUGGAAGAAUGGUGUAUGAUGUUGAGAUCUUCCAUUAGUUUCAUAAACACUUACCCACAAUAAUACAUUAGCCUGGAUUGAAUGUCUUUAUUCAGUAUUAGGGGUCUUCAUUUUGUAACAUACCUAGAACCACCUCCACAGAAUCUCCAUGUGACUAUCCAGUUAUUUAGAGGCAACAGUCUAACUCAGUAAGAGUGCAUGGAUUGCUUUCAAUCUUCAGUGUUGUUAGCAAAAAGAAAAAGGGCCAAGUAUGCAGGAACUAACCCAUGCUUACUUAAUGUAUUAAAUAGACGAUGCAUUCAAUUAUGCAAAAAGACAAAAUAAAUAUUAAUACCUUUAAAUUGCAUUUCGAGUAUCAAGAGCUGGAAGACUCCUUCCUGGCCAUCGAGAGGCUUGACCAAUCAGGAGUCUUUUAAAGCAGUUCUGACACCUUAUACUUACCUUGCUUCAAACUGUUCCUCUUCUCUUCCUCACUCUUAAACUAUUCUUUUUUUUUUCCUUCUGCCCUUAAAAUACAUAAAGCAAAAUAGUGUCUACUUUGACUUACUGCAUUGUAAACUUCACAAAAAGCAGAGCACAGCACUAACGUGGACUCCCAGCAGAUAAGGCUGAAGAGGAUCCAGCGAAUUCAGAUGGCCACGAGGGACACCUUCAGGUAAGUAAUACUUACCUUCCCCUGCACUCUGUGAAUAUCGGAACUUAUGUAAAGACCCUAAAUGUUGACAGAGCUGCUUCAAAUUGGUCUUUUGGAUCUGAUCAUAUCCCAUAAUCUUCUUUCUGGAGAUGUAAUCCAUAGUCCUACACAUCACAUAGGAUGAGUGGUAACACGCAAUAAGCGGGUACCAUCAAUACAUGACUGAUAUCAGUUUUGUCAACCAGGUAUGUGCAAGGAUUGACAGAGCAACAGAGCACAGUCUAAAAGUAACUGUUCAAUGGUGAUAUCCCUACGGAUCCUGGCUUUAUGUUUACUGAAAAACCCUCUUGUGCAUUGAUGGAUUUAAAGAUACACUAUAAUCACCAAAACAACUUUAGUUUAAUAGAGUGGUUUUGGUGUAUAGACUAUACCCCUGCAGUCUCACUGCUCUGCCAUUUAUGAGUUAAAUUACUUUGUUAAUGGUGCCUUAGCCAUAUCUCCCUACACAUUUCCUGUUGUGAACUAAUUUAGGGUUUCUUAUAUCCUGCUCUGUUAAUAGCCUGCAGGAGCCUCUUGUGUGGAAUUAAAAUUCAAUCAACAGAACAACAGAGACAAAAACUGUACACUGAUUGUGCGGUCUCAUCUGACUAAAAUGAAACCAAUUGGGUUUUUUUUCAUGCAGGCUGUAUCAGUCACAGCCAGGGGAGGUGGAACAGGGGCUGCAAAAAAACAGAAAGAAAACACCUAAAUGGCAGAGAUUAGAACAGUGAGGCUGCAGUGAAGUGAUCUAUACACUAAAACUGCUUUGUAAAGCCAAAGUUGCUUUGGUUCUUUGAGUAUCCCUUUAAGUCUACUUCCAGUGUGUGCGCCCAGUAGAGUCACCAUGUCAUUGUGUGGUAACGCCAAUCAAACAAGUUAACUAUAUACCCAUUGUUAUUCCUGGCUGCCAACAUUUGAUGAGCAGAUAUACAGAAGGUGGUUCCAUGUUUUAACCAAAGGACUGUAGAUUUCAUCAUUUACUUUUCAGUAUUGUAUUAGUUUGCUGCUAUAGAUCUCCUUGUUUAUUUUACACCUUAGUGUUGGAAAAUGAUACAUCAGUAAGCCAGUAUGUUUUAAUUUCAGCUACUAUGGCCUUAAAUUUGAAAUUCUCUUUGAAUUCACCUUGAAAUCUCACUUCAGUAAAUAACCCAGUAUAUUUUAGAAGACCUUUUGCACAAGAGAUGCGUUGUGUGUAUCUUUCAAUACAUUAGUCAUUGAUCAAUCAACAAGUUGGUCCCAGUGACCUCACUCCCCAAAUAUCAAAGGAAGAAUUCAAUGCAAACCAAAUCUGUCCAUUAGAUUUCAAUGGGUCCAAAGUGACCAAUCAGUCGGUUAAAGGUGAACUUUAAUUCCCUGUGCACCAGUGCUGGAUUGGCAGGGAAGAUGUGGCUGUCACUCAUUUAAAAAAAAAAAAAAAAAAAAGGGUUUCCUUCUAUUCUACGUAUAAGGUGAACAUGGAAACACAAACAUAGGCUAGAUAGAACUCUGUAUUACAUGUAUGCACACAUAGACACAUUGAUUUAAUAUAGUUUGCCUAAGAAUCUUUCCAAAUGAUUUAUCUGCAGAACUCACCAUUACAUUCUAUUAGGGAAUGUUGUACAUAAAUCAUUUGAAAAGUUUUUCGAACAGAUUGUGACUGAAAUGGAAUCCUUCUUUACCUUGGUACUUGGGGAGGACUGCAGGUCAGCCUCCUUUCCACUGACUAAUGGUCCUGGCAUGGAAUGCGGUUCUGUUUUGGGGAAACAGAUACACGGGGGCUAUUCAGACUGCUUUCCACCCUGGUUUAGGUUUGCAUUAUUAUUAUUAUUGGUAUUUAUAUAGCGCCAGCAUAUUCCGCAGCGCUUUACAAUAAGAGGGGAAUUUACCAAAUGAGACAAUAACAAAAUAUAACAGAAACAAUAGAUAGUUGAGGACCCCGCUCAAACGAGCUUACAGUCUAGAGCAGCGUCUCCCAACACUAAUUGGGGUUCCGCCGAAAAAUUUGGAAAAAAAUGGCCACGGGUGGUGAGGGAAGAGUGAGCUCUGAUCUCCCUGCUCAGCUCCCUCGCGCGCACAGCAGUGAUGCCGGAGCCGGAAUAUGAUGUCGCUCCGGCAUCACCAGGAGGCGCGCGAGGGAGCUGGACAGAGAGAUCAGAGUUCCCUCGCCGCCCGCCUCCACCGCUCACCUGUCUGUCCCUCGCCGCCCGCCAAGCUGCAGCCAUCCCCACUGGACCACAGGGACUUCAUGCCAGUAGCCCCACUGGACCCCAGGGACUUCAUGCCAGUAGCCCCACUGGACCCCAGGGACUCCAUGCCAGCACUCCUAAAGGUAGGGGCGCUGGAUGGAGUAAAAUGUAAAAAAAUAAAUAAAAUGUAUGUGUGUCUGUUAGGGAGUUUGUAUGUGUUUGUGUGUCUGUCAAAGAGUGUAUGUGUGUUUGUCAGUGAGAGUGAAUGUGUGCUUGUCAGUGAGUGUAUGUGUUUGGCAGUGAGAAUGUAUCUGUUCUUGUCAAUGAGAGUGUAUAUGUGUUUGUAUGUGUGUCUGUAAAAAAGUGUGUGUUUGUCAGUGAGAGUAUAUGUGUGCAUGUCAAAGAGUGUCUGUGUGUGUGUGUAUCUGUGUCAAGGUUUAUGUAUGUGUCACUGUGUGCAUCUAAGUGUGUGUGUGUAUGUGCCAGUAUGUAUCAGUGUGCUUGUAUGUGCCUGUGUGUGUGUCAGUGUGUAUCUGUGGGUUCAAGUGUGUGUAUGUCACUGUGUGUGUGUGUGUAUUUGUGAGUCAAGGUGUGUGUAUCUGUGUGCCAGUGUGUGUGUGUGUGUAUAUCUGUGUGUCAGAUACAUAUACACACUGACACAGAGACACACACACUGGCGCAUGCAAACACAGAUAUACAAACCUUGACACACACCGGCACAUGCAAACACAGAUACACACACCUUGACACACAGGUACAGACAUACACAGAUACACACAGUGUGUUAAGGUGUGUGUAUCUGUGUGCCACUAUCUGCCAGUGUGUGUAUCUGUGUGUCAGAUUCAUACACAUUGGCACAUACAAACACAGAUACACACAUCUUGAUACACAGACACAUAAAAAGAUACACAGACUUUGAAACAGACGCACACACCUUGACACACAGAUACAUACAUACAUACACACACAGAUACACACUGUGUGUCAAGGUGUGUGUAUCUGUGUCAGUGUGUGUAUCUGUGUGCCACUAUCUGCCAAUGUGUAUCUGUGUGUCAGAUUCAUACACACUGGCACAUACAAAUACACAGACACAUACAAACACAGAUACACAGACUUUGAAACAGAGGCACACACCUUGACACACAGAUAGAUACAUACAUACAUACAUACAUACACACACACACAUACAGAUACACACUGUGUGUCAAGGUGUGUGUAUCUGUGUCAGUGUGUGUAUCUGUGUGCCACUAUCUGCCAGUGUGUAUCUGUGUGUCAGAUUCAUACACACUGGCACAUACAAACACAAAUACACACACCUUGACACACAGAUACACACACCUUGACACACAGAUAGAUACAUACAUACAUACAUACACACACACACACACACACACACUGUGUAUCAAGGUGUGUGUGUCUGUCAGUGUGUGUAUCUGUGUGCCACUAUCUGCCAGUGUGUGUAUCUGUGUGUCAGAUUCAUACACACUGGCACAUACAAACACAAAUACACACACCUUGACACACAAAUACACACACAGUGUGUGUGUGUGUGUGUGUGUGUGUAUCUGUGUGUCAGAUAUACAACUGGCACAUACAAGCACAGAUAUACACACCUUGACACACACAUUUAAAAAAAAAACAAAAAAAAACGCGCAAAUGAAAUUUUUUUUUGGGGGGUGGGGGGCGUUCCACGAUGUUCGUACACUAUGUCAUAGGGUUCCACAGGAAAAAAUAAUUGGGAAACCCUGGUCUAGAGGAUUGAUUUGUAUUACCACAAUAUGCAUAUUAGGAAAGUGCAAAAAAACUGUGUUUUCCAUAAUUUGAAAAGUUGUGAUUGAAUUAUAUAUUUGGUGUAGGAUUAUGUUGAUUAUUUUUCAAGUUAUGUAUGUUUGUUUAUAUUGUUAUGGUUUUCACCUCAUGCUUAAGGACAAGUCAGCAUAGGCUAGUCCUUGUUCAAAAUAAGGUAUAGUGUGCUAGUUCCAUCUGGAACUGCAUGUCCUGCUUUGUUUUUCGGGUAUCCCAGUAACACAGUCUUCGGACCUGUUGACUGGCUGCUUGGUCCGUGGGACAAGUUAAAAAAGAGCUAGGCCUAAGUAACGUUUUACAGGCAGUAGCUGGUCAUAGUGCAGGCAGAUAUGUGGAUACAUGCUGAAGAGACAAAGGCAGAGGUACCUGCCUGGAUUGAGAGGGCUGCAGCCUGGUCAAGGGUAGAAGAAGUUCUCAGCAACCGAAGUCAAGCUUCAGUGACUGUGGGUAAAGCAAUCCAGGAUCCCUGAAACCAGCUAGGAAGCAGACUUGGAAGAGGUACUCGGUCGGAGUACAGAAGCUCCUUCACAUUUGGUGGCAGCUGUGGGAUCUGCUUCCUCCCUUAUGGAGCAGUUCCAAACAACCUCCAGGACUAGCAGCUGGAGCCAAACUAAUUGGUGGCGGUCGAGCCAGCACCCGUGUGGCGACCUCAUCUGCUGAGAAGUUUCAAAGGCAAGUACAGGAGAGACUCUUCUUCUUUGGCCCACACCCUUCAGCUGAAGAUGUUUGGGCGAAAUCAGCUUCAGUAGAUGCGCAACUCAGGAGGAAAAACAGACAGAGGUACCAAUGGCUAGCUGUUCUGCGAGCCUGUGAAGUCAGUAACCGGUAACAAGCCCUGUGGGAUGUGCCUGCCUUAGAGAAAGAAUUCCUGCAAUGGUAGGAUGAUAUAUGACAGUCACUUUGGGGUAAGGGUGCUAACACCCAGGCAAUGCAUACGGGACCAUAGGGGACGAUACCUUGCCUGGAAGGAGAGAGCUGCAGCCUGAUUGAGGGUGGAAGAAGUACUCAGCGACCCUGUUCAAGCUUCGACGACUAGGGCUGAAGUGUUCCAGGUUCCCUUAAAGCAGCUAGUAGCAGACUUGGCGGAGGUACUCGGUCAGAGUACGGGUCCUCUGUUUAUCCAAAUAAAUUAAAUCAAGGCCAUAGACUUGAUUGCACAUUUUACUUCUUACGCUUCUAUAAACAAUGACAAAUAUUUGAAAACAUCUGGCAUUGGCAAUGGCUGCUGUUGAACCAAAUGUAAAAGUAAGAGGUGAAAAGCCUGAUCCAACCUGGUAUAUAUGGGGUUAUUUUUACACAAAUGACCAAAUAUUUUUUUUGCUGAGAGUUUGAGCUGGAAAAUUGUCACGGUUCUCACCGUGACAUUCAGACGGACAGACGUGGUCGCCCCAGAAGUGUCCAACAGGGGAUAUGAACCUGAAUUCUUCUGUGUCCUGGGCCUGCUGUUUUGCCUCUCAGUUACAAUUCAGAUUAUGUAUCAGCCUGAAGUCCGAUCUUGCCUUAUCUCCAGCACUAGGGGGCUGGACUUUUCCUGUGACUGCUCCUGUCUAUCUGAGUCCACCUGAAGCAGGUGCCAAAUCUGCCAGGUAUAAAACAUUGCCUCUCUCUGAGGGCAGUGUCAGUUCAUUGACUCGGGUUCUACUGUUUGGUUCCUGUUAUUAUGUUCUUAAUCCAGUGUUCUCCAGACGGCUCCUGACCUUGGUUUAUCUUCAUUUAUCCUGACCUUUGGCAUCCUCUGACUUUGGCUUCUCCUCGACAAUCCUCCUGCUUUUGUCCUUGCCUGUACUGCAACUUGGAGCUAGAUCAUGCACAGCCCCCAUGCACAGACUCACAGGCUAGGUGGCUUCUUAUCUGGUCACCUUAGUCUGUGUUUAUUUGCAAGGGUCCGGUGGAGUCCUGACAUUAUGAACUGACCGCAGAGAUAUACAAGCUGCUCACCUCCCUUGUUCAGCAAGUGACCAACCUGUUCCAGACUGUUCAGGAGGUGCAAAAGGAUGUAUUGGCAUUUAAAGGAACAGUACACCCAACCCUGGAACCUGCCUAUACAGAACCCUUUGCAGUAAUGCCUGACAGGUUCAACGGUUCCCGUUCCUCAUUCACAACGUUCAGGAUGGAUUGUGAGCUCAUGUUUGCCCUUAAGCCCAGGACCUAUUACAGCGACUUUGUCAAGGUCCGUUCUGCUGUUAAUCUGCUUCCGGACUGAUGAAGAUAUGGGCAUACCAGAACUUGCAGGAGAAAAGUGCUAUCUUGAACAACUGGGAGUCAUUUAUAACCGCUAUGGACUCUCAGUGCCUUACCUCCAAGAAAGCUACUCCGAAGCCUGUUUCAGGUUCCCAUAGAUCUCAGGUACCCAGAAAAAAAAUGACUGCAGCCUGUUUUAGUAUGAGCCCACCUUCAGUGACUGGCCUUGUCACCCUGAAUGUACCCAAGUAAGCUGUGAAACUCCAGUGGACAGGGAGGAACCCAUGGAGAUCAGAUUCAUCCGCACCAGAUUGCCUCCUGAGGAAAGAAACCGUAGAAGAGUCCAUUGCCUGUGUUUUUAUUGUGAAGAAAGAGGGCACAUCAUCUCUCUCUGCCCAACUCGUCCACCUAGGCCUAAAACUCUUCUAUUGGGUACCUUACGGACUCGUCCUGUCAUCCCAGCAACACAGCAUGGAAACUGCCAAGGUUGCUGCCAGCCCUGCCAAUGCUGCCAGCACUAAGCUGUCAGUGUAACAUCAUUUCAAUUAUUAGCCCUUAUGUGGCCACUAUUAGAGUAAAUUCCUGAAUGUAUUCUUGUGUUUCUGAUCUAUCCCAAUUAUUAUUCUCUUGUUUCUUGUUAUCUUUGGCUUGUACUACACUUGCACAGACGUCUGUAACCCCAUACUAGGCUAUCAUUCUGUUAAUGCUGAACUUUGGAAUUCAGACUUUGGCUAGUUAUAUGUGUAAGCUGACUUUUAUAAUUCAGACAUAGACCUCUUUUAAUCAUUUUAUCAUGCUUUUAGGCACCCUGUGUUUUACAUCUUCUGAGGUUUUGCUACGCCUGACUUUCUAAGGACCAAUACUAUAUCUUACUAUCCCUCACGACCUUUUUAUCAUUCUUAGCAGCAUCUGGCCUCUACUCCACAAGCAAAGGUUUAGCAUAAAUGCAAAAUGGCAAAUGGCUAGUACAUGUAAACUUAUUGACAUUGUGGAUUCCUCAGUACACUUCCUGUCUCAAUUGUUCCAAUCUAUUCAGGACCAGUAAAAACUACAAAUAUGGCCAACAUGGAUACGAGUAACUGCCCCCGAAACAGAGUGCAAAUAAUUAAUUGUCUGUUCUUCAGACUCAGGGAGCAACUAAGCACAGAGCCGUUCACUUAUUUAUCCAAUGGCAAUCUUGCAGGAGGCAUUAAAAAUAUUGCCAACAUUAGUUAUAAAAUAUGCAGGUACCUAAUCAAACUUGGAUCUGUAAUUUACAUGUGAAUUCUAGAGUCCCUUAGGGAACCAUAAAUGUCCACAACCAUAACUAAUAAAAAAUAUAGUUCUCGGUCUUAAGCAGGGCCAGAUUAAGAGCCCAGUAGGCCUGGUGCUGACAAUUAUGACGGGCCUAAUUACAGAAUCAUAUCGACCAAAAACAGUAAGACACUCCCAAGCGUCAUGUAUCUGAUGGAGAUGGUGCUGGAGAGAAAGAAAACAGCAGCUAUAAGGAAACACAUACCUUAGGCUAAUCUCUCUCUAAUUUAUGUUUUUAUCUUUCAAGUAAAUCCAUAACCCCUAACAGCAGUGUCCAGUCAAGCAGGAAGUCAAUGGGCAUGGAAAAAGGGUGUGCUACUGACACAAAUCACGUAACCUGCCAAAAGGGCGAACAUGCCCAAAAAGAGGACAUGUCUGCUCAAAGAAUUAGAAGGCCAGCCUGGCAUGAAUGCAUGUCAGGCUGCCUGCCAAUCAUGCAGCUGGCCAACGAAGGGCAUACUAUGCAGACAGCACCCUGAGCUUGGCAUAAAUGCAUCUAAUGAUGCACUCACUCAAUGCUUACUAAGGACUGUCCCCUAGCACUCGCUGGCCACUUGUCUCCUUACCUUCUUACUAGCAGGCAGAAGCUCCUGGUAUAUGGUCUGGGACAGAGACAAGCUGUAUGUAGUGAGUGUAGAAGAAAGGGAACAUGCCACAGUGUUAGAGAGACCAAAUUCAGCAUUACCUUAAAGGAUAACUAUAGGGUCAGGAACACAAACACCACCAUCUAGCCCCCCUGGGCCCCUCAUGCCUCCAUAAAUAUAGCAAAAACCUACUAUAUUCAAGCCUGAAGCUGUAACUCUGCAUGCUGUUAGACUCAUAAAAACAAGCAGUCUGCUGACAUCAUUAGAAGUGGUGGCCUGAUCCAAUCACAGUGCUUCCCCUUAGGAUUGGCUGAGAAUGACAAAGAGGCAGAUCAGGGUCAGAGCCAGCAUGAUUCAAACACAGCCCUGGCCAAUCAGCAUCUCCUUAUAUAGAUGAAUUUAAUUAAAGAAUCUCUAUAAGGAAAGUUCAGUGUCUGCAUGCAGAGGGAGGAGACACUGAAUGUUUGGAUGCAUUUUAGGCAGCCGUGACCCAGGAAGGAUCUCUAACAGUCAUCUAAGGAGUGGCCAGUUAAGCUAUCACUAGGAUGUAAUGUAAACACAGCCUUUUCUCUGAAAAGACCGUGCUUACAGCAAAAAGCCUGAUGGUAAUGAUUCUACUCACCAGAACAAAUUCAAUAAGCUGUAGUUGUUCUGGUGACUAUAGUGUCCCUUUAACUAUAUUCAUUGUCAGCCAGUCCACACACGUUUUGUUCCAAUACAUCCCUCUUAAGUUUCCAUACUUAAGUAAGAGUAUGUGAAAAGUAGUUAGGGUUGCCACCUUUCUUGGAAAAACAUACCGGCCUUACUAAUUUGCAUAAUUAAAUAUGUGUGGGUGACAUCACAUGAUGUAAAUCACAAGGAGUGACAUAAGAGAAAAUGCCAUAAAAUCACCAAAAAACUACUUAGUUUAAAUCUGCAGUAUAGAUGGAUUCCUCCCAGUGCCCCCAUGUCUCCUAGUGCCCUCAUGACUCAGUGCCCCAUGUGUCGAUUACUCCAGGUCUCAGUGUUCCUAUGUAUCAGUGUCUCAGUGCCCCAUGUCUCCCAGUGCCCCUAGUGUCAUGUCCCCAGGUCUCCCAGUGAUCCUAUGUAUCAGUGUCUCAAUGCCCCAUGUCUCUCUGUGUCCCCAUGUAUCCCAGGGUCACCAUGUCACUAGGACACUAGGAAGACAGGGAGACCUGGGGACACGGGGAGACCUAGGGACAUGGAGACACCAGUGACACUGGGAGACUAGGGGACUAUGGCUGGGGCACAUGGGGAUAAUGGGAAAAUAGGGGACACUUGAAGACAUGGGGACACAGACACCCUGAACAAAGAUACUAGAGACACUGGCUGGGGGAUAUGGGGACAUUGAGACAUGGGGGCACUGGGAGACAUGGGGACACUGAGACACCAGGGCCACAGACACUAGGGACACUAGCUUGGGGAUAUUUUAACACUUGAGGCACUGAGAGACAUGGAGGCACUAGGAGACAUGGGGACAGUGAGACACUGGGAGACUAGGGGUCACUGGGAGACUAGGGGGCACUGAGACACCAGGGACACUGGCUGGGAGACAUGGGGACACUGUGUCCCCAUGUGUCUGUGCCAUAAUGUUUCCCAGUGUCCCUUAGUGUCUCAGUGUAUGUCUCCUUGCAGCCUUUCCCCCCCAUCCCAUACUUCCCUGAGCUCUAGGCUGUCUCUGCAGGGUGGGAGUUGCUGUCUGGACUCUCUGUAGCUGCACCCCUGCAGAUCAGUGAGUAUAGAUAGGCAGGGAGGGAUAUGCUGGAACUUCCUAUCCCUGCCUGUCUCCACAUACAGCGACCCCUACUGGCCAGUGCUGGUAUUGCAUAGUAAUCUCCAUUUAUACUGAGAAAAAUACCAACAUUUAUAUUGCCAGUAUCACUGCAAUAUUGGCACCAGCCAGGCAGCCUCAAAUACUGGCUGUGCCAAUAAAAUAAAAGCAGGUGGAAUCCCUAAGAGUAGUGUGUGGAAAAAAAAAUGUAAAAAAAAAAAUAUUUUUUUUUUUUUAAAUCAAUGGGCCUAUUCCAUGGGCCUGGGCCUGGAGCUGCAGCUCCAUCAGCCCCUAUGUUAAUCCGGCCCUGGUCUUAAGUAACAUGUAGUUGUAAAAUAUAGAGCCCUGUUUAUAAUCUCACAGGUUUCUGUUUGUUCUGUUGGCACCAGAUUCAUUGUUGUGCAUGGAGGAGGGGGCUUUAAAACUCUUGUACCUCGAACAACUUGGGAUCUACACUGAAAACAAUUAUAAACGCAACACUUUUUUUGCCCCCAUUUUUCAUGAGCUGAACUCAAAGAUCUAAGACUUUUUCUACGUACACGAAAGGUCUAUUUCUCUCAAAUAUUGUUCACAAAUCUGUCUAAAUCUGUGUUAGUGAGCACUUCUCCUUUGCGGAGAUAAUCCAUCCACCUCACAGGUGUGGCAUAUCAAGAUUCUAAUUAGACAGCAUGAUUAUUGCAAAGGUGUGCCUUAGGCUGGCCACAAUAAAAGGCCCCUCUAACAUGUGCAGUUUUAUCCCACAGCACAAUGCCACAGAUGUUGCAAAUUUUGCGGGAGCGUGCAAUAGGUAUGCUGACUGCAGGAAUGUCCACCAGAGCUGUUGCCCGUGAAAUGAAUGUUAAUUUCUCUACCAUAAAGCAUUUCAGAGAAUUUGGCAGUACAUUCAACCGGCCUCACAACCGCAGACCACGUGUAACCACACCAGCCCAGGACCUCAACAUCCAGAAUCUUCACCUCAAAGAUCGUCUGAGACCAGUCGUUUGAGACCAACUGAAAACAUCCCAGUUCUUGCAUGGCCAGCAUACUUACCGGACAUGUCACCCAUUGAGCAUGUUUGGGAUGUUCUGGAUCGACAGUGUGUUCCAGGUCCUGCUAAUAUCCAGCAACUUUGCACAGCCAUUAAAGAGGAAUGGACCAACAUUCCACAGGCCACAAUCAACAACCUCAUCAACUCUAUGCGAAGGAGAUGUGUUGCACUGCGUGAGGCAAAUGGUGGUCACACCAGAUACUGACUGGUUUUUGGACCCCCCCCCCCUCCAGACCCUCCCAAUACAGUAAAACUGCACAUUUUAGAGCGGCCUUUUACCGUGGUCACCAUAAGGCACACCUGUGCAAUAAUCAUGCUGUAUAAUCAGCAUCUUGAUAUGUCACACCUGUGAGGUGGAUGGAUUAUCUCGGCAAAGGAGAAGUGCUCACUAACACAGAUUUAGACAGAUUUGUGAACAAUAUUUGAGGGAAACAGGCCUUUUAUGCACAUAGAAAAAGUCUUAGAUCUUUGAGUUCAGCUCAUGAAAAAUGGGGGCAAAAACAAAAUUGUUGCGUUUAUAAUUUUGUUCAGUGUAAAUACAUCCCUGGCUUUUACAUAAGACAAACAUCUCCAUCAUCUAAAUAAGCCACAAUCCUUCUGAGAAAAUGGAAACAAAUACCAAACCCACUUUCUUUUCUUUCAGUAUUACAUAACAGUCUAAGAGUAAUGCCAUUUGUUAAGUGUAGAAUAACAAAGGCUUACUUUAAGGAUAGGAGACAUCUUCUGGAAAUUGGGAAGAAACAUUAAUCCAGAAACAAAUACAUACAAAAACUACCAAUAAUAGCAAUAAAGAGCCCCAAUUAAAAAUAAAAAAAAUACACUAACCCAUGAAUAUGAGUAAAUGAAAUAACUUUAGAAAUGUAACUGUAGAAACAGACUUGUUUUAAAAAAUCCUGGAAUCUGAGGUGGUUCAAAGUAAUCCUUAAGUAAUAAUAUUAUAUUAAUUUAACCAAACUAUAGUAAAUUUGGAUGUAAUUAUCAUUUGAUGAUUGACAGUGUUUUAAUGUGUAGAUAGCCAUCUUUGUUGAUUUCAUUAGUUACCUUCCUGAUAAAAGCAAAUACAAAAACAAGGCUGCAGAGAGGAUGUGAUGACAGCAGGCAAUCAUAAUCUGCUAUUUGCAUAUUUUUGUUAAACCCUGCUUACCACUGCGUCAGAAAAAUGAAAAGUUUAUAUGAACUUUAAUAAUGAUGCUGUUUUCCCAUAAUUCCUAAGGAAAACAAAUUUUAUCAAGGAAGCUUUUAUUCAGCGUUAUAAAAACAGAACUGCUAAACAGAUUUCAAAAUUAUCAAUGGAUAGUGUUGACAUUUUUUACAGUGCUGUACGAUAGUGCAUAAAAAAUGUAUGAUGAUAGACCAAUCUGGAAUAGAUGUGCUGAUCAUUUAUGCAAAAAUGUGUAACAAAUCCUUCUAACAAGAAAAGUGCUUGAAAUGUAUGGAAACCCCAUUCCUUUACUAUAUUUCUAAUGGGAACAGUGUCCCAGGAAUCACACUGCUGAAAUGCCUAACUUGUACAGUGUUUAGGUUUAAAGGGACACUCCACUGCCCAAAUAUAUAGAAAUGUAAAAAUCACUAUUUAGUAGAAAUAUCCCCAAUGAAAACAUUUAAUUAUGCAUUUCUUUAAUUGCGGGUAUGUCUAAAACGGCUUGUAACACCUGCAGUUCUCAUGUCUGCAGCCUUUGCAAAACUUACCUUGUAAUCCAGCCCAGACAUUCUGUGACGGUCCAUUAACAGACUUCACAAUGCAGCUCAAUGAGAAGUGUGACGGAGCUCCCGUACUCCUAACGAGUACAUCUGCCAAGCUCACUUUCUCGCUGCCACAUGCGACUCUGAAGCACUUCAGGUCCAGUCGUCGAAGCUUGACUGGGGUUUCUCAGGAACUCUUCCACCCGACCAGGCUACAGUUCUCAUCUUCCAGGCAAGUCUCGUCCCCUCUGCCUCUUUCCCAGGCAGGUAUCCACACCUCUGCCUGUAAUGUGAUUAGCUCCUGCCUUUACAAAGGCACGUAUGGUUCUAAGGCCUAGUUUUCUUUUUGACCCGUCUUGAGCGGCCAGCCAACAAGUCUAAAGACUCUGUUACUGGGAUCUCUGAACAAACCCACACUUGACACACAGUUCUAAAAGAAACUAACAUACAAGUAAUGUUUGACAAGGACUAGCCUUUUGGGACUUGGCCUUAAACAUGUGGUGACAAACAUUUAAAAUACAAAUAUAUAGAACAUUGGAGAACGAGCAAUUAUAAUUAAUACAUGUACUAUAUAAUGCAAGUAAUAUUUUCAAACACACUAAAAAGCAACAAUAUAUACAUUUAACUAUGUACUUGGUUACCCUCAUUAGCAUACCAACAUUAUGUAAUUUCUAUUCAGUAGGUAGAGUGUGCUGCAGAGUUCUCAAUUAGCAAUGCAUAGUUCAGGCUUCCCCAGACUCCGGCCCUGCAGAUGUCGAUGAAUUACAACUCCUAUGAUUCUCAGCCUAUUUCAUUCAUAGAAUCAUGGGAGUUGCAGUUCAGCAACAUCUGGAGGGCCGGAGUUUGAGGAAGCCUGGCAUUGUUUGUUUUUCAUUUGCUAUCAUCACAAGCCCCUAUCAGAGGCUCUUGGGACCAGGACCGUAGUCUAUGGGCAAGAAGUUGAUCUUCAAACCUCUCCAAAAGGUUAUGGCAUGGGAACUUCUGUCACAAGAAGUCUUUAUAAACCAGGUGCUCUGUGCCUACCUGUUUAAUUUAGCUCCAAUGAGCUAAACAACCAGGAAGUAACAAGACUGGUUGUCUGAUUGACAUCCAGGGGCUGUAACAAAGUUAAUUUAUAAAAGUUCCAAUUUCUUUUGAAAUCAGAACAUUUUGAAAAAUGAAAAAAAUUACACUUUUUUUUUUUUAAAACACACACUCUUCACACAUAAAACACCUAAUAAAGCUGAAGUACUUUAGGGGAAUGGAGUAUUUCUUUAAGGUUAGAAGGAGUUUUAAGGUAAGGGUAGUAUUAAUUGGGUUUUUUAUUGUAAGGAGGGAUAGUGGUAAUGAUGUGUUUAGGAUUAGAGUGGGAUAUAAGGUUAGAAGUGGACUUAAGGUUGAGGUGUUCUAAUGCUUAUACAGGUAUUUAGUAUUAGAGUUACAAAGUGACACAGAGCUAGAGUAAAUAAGUAAGGCCUAAGACCAGGGAAUAUCAUUAAUUUCCAAUAUGUGGAUCAUCAUUAUUCCCUUGGGAACCAAUUUAGGGAGUUAUUUGCAAAACUGCUAAAUCUCUUUUCUUAAUUUUGAUCUUUCAGAUGUUUAAUAGAUAACUCCCUAAUUUGCUUUCAGUACAUGGGAUUUCCAUAUAUUAGAUACCAAAUAAGGGAGCUCUCUGCUAAACAGCACCUCUGUAUUCCUAACUCUCUACAUUGCCUCAAUGCUUUACUAUACAGAUCUCACUGAUGCGGGAUGUCCACGUGUUCCCUGAUAGACAGCCACUGGAGGCAGUGUUAGUCUUGCAAAUUAAUUAUUGCAGCGUCUCAAAAACUGCAAUGAUUUACACUGCAGGACUAAGUGGAACAGGGACAUUGCACCCAGACUUUUUCAAUGAGAUGAAGUGGUCUGGGUGUCUAUAGUGUCCCUUUAAUUUGGUAUCCUUAAAUAUGGCAGUCCCUUGUAAGGGUACAAAUUUUAUUUAGGGAGGUUUAUACUAAACUGCUGAAAGAGCAAAAUUAAUAAAAUCCCUUUUCUUAAUUUUUUCUUUUAGUUGUUUAGUAGAUAGCUCCAUAAUUAUGGCAAAUUGGCAAUCCUACAUAAGGAUAGCAAAUUAUAGAGCUAUCUAAUAAACAGCUGAGUGGUCAAAUUAUAAAAUAACUUUUUCUUAUUUUUUUUCUUUGAGUUAGUAGGUAACUCUCUAAUGGUAUGUUUAAACAUGUCAAUAGAACAUAAGGAUAAAAAAUUAGGAAGUUAUCUACUAAACAGCUGAAGGAUCAAAUUUAUGAAAAGCCCUUUUAAUCAUUUUGGCCUGCUUUGGGCCUGACCAGCGAGGUUUAGCUGAUAUCCACUAGGGACAAACAUUGUUUUGUACAAUGUCUAUGUGCUACUUAUGAAUCCUUCUCUCCACCCACAUAAAAAAAAUAUAUAUAUAGUGAAAGGGUUAAUGACCUUCCUGUGUGUCAGAAUAUGUGAUGCAUUGCUCAUUGUUCUAUUUGUUUCUUUGUAAAUUUCAGUUCUGUUCAGGUCUACAAAGUAGCUGUUUAAUCUCCCGGAUGAUGUUCUACUCUUUUCUUUUUUGUACGUUAUUUAUUCAAACAGGAGCUGUGUCAGUGUCAGAUGAAGGAAGGGAGAUGUCCUUGCUGUCAGGAGUGCUCGCUGUGUCUGGGCAGUGUGUGGGAUCAGUGCUGUGACUGUGUGGGUAAGUAGGGUUGGUUGGAUGAAAUGGAAUCCUCGCAGGAACCAACAUACAGGCUGGUCUGCAGAAAACGGAGUCACAGAUUCAUGAGGAAGAGGCUCCCAAAUGCAUUGCACAUCAAGGCUCCACCAGGACAUCUCAUAUCAAUAUGAGGCCAAGCUGUCAAAGCUCUGAAGGCAAAAACAGCCUACUGAUUGCAGCACAAUGAUCAAUUUUCACUAGGUUUGGACACAGCCAGCCCAUGGAACAAGUAUAUUGCCUGAGGGUACAGAAUAUGUGGACAGUGACAAUGAUUUAUGAUAUACACGAUGGGAUCAUCCAAUUCUUCUACUGCCUAAAUUAACAUUAAAGGAACACUAUAGGGUCAGAACACAAACAUGUAUUCCUGACCUAUAGUGUUAAAAACACUAUCUAGCCCCCCCUGCCCCACCACCACUAAAUACAGUAAAAUCUUAAAUUUAUUCCAGUCUGCUCCUGCUGGCUCUGCCCCGAUCUGCCUGCUUCACUGACAUUAUCAGAAGUGAUUCUCUCAGCCAAUCAAAAUGCUUUUCCGUAGGAAAGCAUUGGAUUGGCUAAGACUGUCAAGGAGGCAGAUCAGGGGCAGACACAGCACAAGCCAAACACAGCCCUGCAGGGCAGCCAUCAGAAAUGUUGGGGCCCCUGACACAGCUCAAGGACUGGGCCCCCCGGUGCCUGCACCCGAGUCCGCCCAAAGUGCUGCCCCCCCCCACGAGUCCGCCCACAGGGAUGCAGUGUCUGCAGGGCCGGUGCAAGGAUUUUUGCCGCCGUAGGCAUAAGUAAAGUUUGCCGCCCCCCCAUCUGACAUCACAAUGCCCCACCCAUAUGAUCUGCCAUGUUAACUAACACCAGUGUUGCAGUGCCACCGUGUUUCCAUUAAAAGGCCUGCAGGGACAGGCUAUAGACACCAGAACCACUACAUUAAGCUGCAGUGGUUCUGGGGACUAUAGUGUCCCUUUAAUGUGAGGUAAAUUAGAGAUUAGUGCCACGAAUAAUAUACUAGAUUGCCUACUUACAACCAGAUGAGGAUGAUGGGGCUCUAGCUGCCGUCUGGCUCCACUGGUCUGGUGUAGAACAGGCUCUCUGGAGGCGGUUUGUAACUGUGGUCACAAAAAUCAAUGUUCUGGGAGAACGGGAAGCAGCUCCAUUUUUUUGAGGGCCCUUUACACAGCUCAAGGUCUGGGUCCCAGGGUCCACCUUCAUGUUCCACCAAUGAGUUUGUUCACAGGGGGUGGAGUGUGUGUGUGGGGGAUGUCCUCAUGUGUGUAAGGAAUGCAUUGUGUGAAUCUGUGUUUGUAUGUGUAAGGGCUGCAGGGUGAGUUUGUGUAUGUAUGGGAUGCAGUGUGUGCGUCUGUAAGGGAUGCAUUGAGUGUGUGUAAGGGGUGCAUUGUGUGUUGCUUGUGUGUGUCAAUUUCCUUCUUCUCCCCCUCCCUCCCUCUCUCCAAUUUCCUUCUUUUCCCCCCUCUCCAAUUUCCUUCUUCUCCCCCCCUCCAAUUUCCUUCUUCUCCCCCUCCCUCUCCAAUUUCCUUCUCCCCCUCCCUCUCAUUUCCUUCCUCUCCCCCCCUCCCUCAAAAUCCUUCCUCUCCCCCUCCCUCAAAAUCCUUCCUCUCCCCUCCCUCAAAUUCCUUCCUCUCUCCCCCCCUAAAAUUUCCUUCCUCUCCCCCCUCCCAAAUUUCCUUCCUCUCCCUCCCUCCCUCAAAUUUCCUUCCUCCCUCCCUUCCCUCAAAUUUCCUUCCUCCCUCCCCCCUCAAAUUCCUUCCUCUCCCCCCCUCAAAUUUCCUUCCUCUCCCUCCUCCCUCCCUCAAAUUACCUUCCUCUUCCCUCCUCCUCAAAGGAAAUUUCCUCCUCCUCUAAAUUUGAGGGAGGGGGGAAAAUUUGAGGGAGGGGGGAGAGGGAGAGGAAGGAAAUUCUCCCCCCCUCAAAUUCCCUCAGGAGGGGGGGGGGGGGGGAAAUUUGGGAGGAAGGGAGGGAGAGGAAGGAAAGAACUGAGGGGAGGGUGGUUUUGACAGUCAGGGAGGACGCUCCGAUUUUUGAUUUAAAACUUACAUUUCUUCACCCUCCUCGAGAUAUUCAUUGACCGUUUGUUUUUAGUUCAGGACAGAAUCUCCUAGAGCAGGCAGUGAUUACUAAGAGAAGAAUUAUCUUUGCAGCACAGUAUCUAGUAGAUAACGAUCUCGACAGUGCAAGGACUUAGCACUUUGGGGAGAAUGAGGGAACGCUGGGGUUUACUUUGGAGUGUAGAUUUUCUCUAUUAACCCCCUCCCUCCUGUACUCUAGCAGUGUGCUACUAUUCAAGUGUGGGAAUUUUUUCUCCUUAUCUAUCUUAGUUAUCAUAUCUCCUGGCUCUAUACAUAGGAGAUCUGUCCUUAUCAAGCUUUAUACUUUGUUUAUAUUUGAUACUAUUUAUUUAUUUUUAGAAUUGAUUAUUAAAAGUUAUAUUUUAAUUCAGGGACUGCUGCUCUCUUUACUUGUAACCUGUAGGUGCACUAUCACUAUUAUUAAGUGCAUGCUCCAGCUCUACCUGUAUUUUCUCUUUUGUAACUAAUCUGGUAAAUAGUACAUUUUGGGCAUGCUCUUCAUAUCUGAGAGUCAAAUAGAAGCGUCAAAUAGUACGCUUACAGCGCAGUUGUAAAAAUUCUAAUUUUCUGGGUGCUAAAUAGUACAUUUGGGGUGUGCACUUCAUAUCUGGUGUAUGUGUGCAACACUGGCUAGGUACCACUUCUCAAGAAAGUCUAAAGACAAAUAAAUGUUGCCUAUGGUGCAGGUAGUAUAGAAGGCAAGACUGAGAAAAAUCAUUCGGGUUACGUUUGCCUGUUGACAUGUUAUACAAAAAUAUGUAUUAUAGACAAGUUAAAAACAAGACUGCAAGUCAUACUAUAACAAAAUUAAACAAGUUUUAAAAUAUGUAUGGGCCAACCAGUGGCUGUAAAAACUAAGUUUUACUGGUUACAUUCAUGACUACACACUCUAGUGAACAGGACCUUCAUGUAGUGUGUUCUUUUUUUAAAAUCAUACAGCAUCCUUUCAUGUGCUUUUCAGAUGUCAUAUUACUACAUCGGUCACUUGUAAUAUUGUUUCACACCUACAACACUUGUUACACAGAUCUAAGUGAUAGAAAACAGAUUGAUAUUUUCUACACUAGAAACUACCAGAUAACAAGCUGCUAUAUUUAAACCAGUUAUCAAUAGCUAAGAGGUACUUAAACAAUAUUGUAAUUCUGAGAGGUCAGUUUAUAGGGAAAAUUGUUGCCUGUAUACAAUUCUAAAACAAUUUCCAUAUGUCCUUUGCAGACUUUACAUGCUGGAAAAACACAGGUGCCAACUGCUGUGGCUUUCUGCAGUGUGCAUACCAGCAAGGAGGGCAGGGUUGAGGAGUGGGUGGAAGAUGAUGUGGAGGAUGAUGAGGUCCUGGACCCCACAUGGAAUCAAGAUCAUGCGAGUGACGUGUGCAGUUUGGAGGAAGAGGCGCUAGUCGCACAGAGGCACCAGCACAGCAUAAGAGGAAGCAGGGUGCAAAAACGGAGCGGCCAUCCCCUAGCGCUCGUCGACAUGUAUUAUCUUUAGAACUCCCACAGUUAUCCAAAUAACAGUUGAAGCGAUAAAAAGAACCAUAACAGAUUUAACGAGCCAUUCGCAGUUUCGCUGUCCGGUGACCGGGACUCAGACACUGUCUGGGCGGCGGUCGGAUGACCAGGACCCAGUAUGCCUGAUGUAGAAGUUAGGAGUCACAGUGUGGAAUGGAUUAGCAGGGUCUGGUGCAGAGUAACCGCACGCCCCCUGGUGUUGAGCACCAGCAUUUGUGUAGCCACAUACCAAGACCCUGAUGCAGCUUCAGUAAAAGGAGUACUGGAUACCAGAAGCCAUCACCAGACUGAUCCGCAACUUGGAACAGGAUGUGACAUUCACUGUAGCAGCUGUGCGCGCUUUCGGCGUUCUCACCCUGCUGCUGCUUGCCUGUCUGUGCUGCAGCGUAACUUUGGCCUUCCCGCUCACUGCCUCAUAUGCGACGUGCCCACAAGGUGGAACUCCACCUUGCACAUGCUGGAGAGACUGUUUGAGCAGCAGCAGGCGAUAGUGGAGUUUCAGCUGCAGCACGCACGGGUCAGUGGUUCUGCACUAGACUUGCCCUCCAAUUGAUCAGAGUUAAAGGAUUUCAAGUGGACUCAUUACGAUUACAGGGCCUCUAAAGAGUCCUGUAUUGUUAUUUGUCGUCACUACCUUCCCGCGUCAGGAGUGGGUCAUUUGCGCGCCUGCAGCCUUCCUUGCAUGUGGCAGCCGUUUGUCAGGGUCCCUGUAUGGAAUCGAACCCUGAUUCCCCAUUAUCCGUGGUCACCAUGGUAGGCGCAGUCAAUGGCAUCAAAACGUGAUAUGGAUUGACAUAUGAAUGCGUUGUCGCCUUCUCGUUGGGGAGCACAUUGAAAAAGUGCUCUAGCAUGACGAGCUGGGUGAUUUCCUCCGGGAACUUGGCUUGAUGGGAGUUGAGCCAGUUUUGGGUGGCCCUUGUGAUGCCACAGUGUAUACCCAGAUAUAUCAGAGCUGCUGCAGAAAGUGCGGGCCGUCUGUGCGCGCUUUUGGCGUUCUCACCCUGCUGCUCGCCUGUCUGCCCUACAGCGUAACUUCAGCCCUCCCGCUUACCGUCUCAUGAGACUGUGCGAGCAGCAGCAGGCGAUAGUGGAGUUUCAGAUGCAGCAUGCACGGGUCAGUCGCUCUGCGGAACAGUUUUCUUUUUUUAUAUGUCCCAAUAUUUUGGGGGCUAUCCCAAUUAAAAUAAAAUAAAAAUAUAUAUAUAAAAAACAGUGUUGGCUACCUCCACCUCCUCCACCGCCACGGUCACCGCCUCCUCAACCUCUGGGUCAGUUACUUAGUAUAAACUAUGUACACAAUAGCAGAGGCUUGUGAAGGCCUUUUCUCCAUGCAUCAGGAGUUGAGCAUUUCUCCAUGCAUCAGGACUGCAAGAAAUGCACCGCAGGCCGCAAAUGUUUCUUUUUUUAUACAGUAUGUCCCAAUAUUUUGGGGGCUACCCCAAUUAAAAUAAAAAACAGUGUUGGCUACCUCCUCCUCCUCCACUGCUGCUUCCACUUACACCGCCACGGUCACCGCUUCCUCAACCUAUGGGUCACUUAGUAUAAACUAUGUACACAAUAGCAGAGGCUUGUGAAGGCCUUUUCUCCAUGCAUCAGGAGUUGAGCUCAGUUUGAACAAUGAAAGAGAAUACUCUGCACUCCAACCCUCUCUCAAAUGGAUAAUUCUGGUGAUCCUCCUGACAGCCAUGCUUUAAUUUUGAUUUAUGUUCUUCCAAAGCUAAAAUCAAAAGAUUCCAUCUAGUGCUAUUUUAUGGCUCAGCUGUAUUUGUAAUUUUUAUGUUAUUUUAAGGGAUUUCCCUAUCCACAUUUGUUUGCAGGGCACUUGUCCUACUCUUACCCCCAUUUUACUUCCUUUUGCAGCCCUCAAGCCUUUUCCAGUACUUUUUUAGAGGCAUUUUUUGUGCCCAAAAGUUCGGGUCCCCAUUGACUUCAAUGGGGUUCAGGGUCAAGUUCGAUCACGAACUCGGACAUCCAGGUGUCCACUCAAUUCUAGUUGCAGUGACUAAGGUGCACACAUUUGGUGGCACUGCCCCAAAUGUAAUCCCUUAACAACCUUAACACAUUCCCACAAUGCUUUUAGGAUGGCAUGGAAUGUUCUAAUGUCUUGGUCUUAUUGGGGAUCCAGGCUAACAGAUGAGCUGUAUGCAGUGCUCAAAGUGAGCGCUGCAUGCAGCUCCUCAAAUGAGGAUUUAAAUCCCCAGUUUUAAAGUCUUUUGUGAGCAUACACAUGUACAAUUUUUUAGAUCCUUUUAAAUCAAUGCGGUGGACUGCAAUCUCACGCAGCUGCUGUGAUUCUGAGCCUGCCAGCACUCUGUGGGAAACUGAAAAGGUCCUGACACUCUCUCACUGCAUGCCUAUUUUACGAUUCUGUUCACUGUUGGGUUUUUCCAGCUGCCCAGCAUCGAUUACAGGGAAAAUAUACCUGUCAUGCUGCAAACAGCCACUAGAUGGUAUUUACAGACUAAGGUGUUAAAGUUAACUACCAACAUUAAUUUAAAUCCUAGACAUAUGAUUCAUUUAAAAGAGCACUCCAUUUCAAAAAGAAAAAAAAAUCACUGUCUUGUAGAUAUACCCUCAAUGAAAACAUGCAUGUAUUUGACGAAUAUUGUCAUUGAGGUUAUAUUUAGACUCAGCUUGCAAAAGCUGAAGAUCGACUGUCUGCAGCCUUUGGAAGCCCUCCACUUUUUCAGACUUUCAGUUUAUUCUGGGAAAUAACCAGUCAGAGGCUUCUCAUUCCCUGAUUCAUGGCGAGGAGAGGCAUGGCGAGGAGUGCGCAGGAUCAGAGGAGAGGUACUAUUAGCCAGGCUUACUAUGAUUUCAGGGAGGGUCUGCUAGAGUAUAUACCUGCACAGCUGGAAGAGUUUGUGAGCGUUCAGGCAUACAAGGGGGAAGUACUGAAUAAAUUCUGAUUUAUUUCAUGCCUACUCCGGCACUUCCUCAGAGACCAUCGAUCCAGUAAAUAAAAUAAUGUUUACACAAUGUACAACUACACCAAGAACUAUAUUGUAACACUCACAAACUGACAGGAUUACAAAAGGGUUCAGUUAGCUUGGUUAUGUGACCCAAUAUCGCCACCUAGUGGUGGUACCAAAAUAAAAUGUGAGCAGGGUCCUAAUCUGGAAGCAAAUUAAACAGGUAAAAAACAGAAAAAGGUGAGUUAAAAAGGAAAAAAUAGUAUAUGAUUUAUAUAAUACCUUACACCUAAAUAACUAAAGUGAUCUCCAUGAUAAUUAAAGACUAAGCUAUAGUAGUAAGCUAUAUGUUUUGUCACCUACUGAUUAAUAUCAUACUCAUUUUGUUUAAUUUAUUUUAUUUAAGUGUAUUUAAUUAAUUGUACAACUUGUUUUCAUCCUAGGUAGCAUUGAAAACUCAUACAUAGAAAUUUAGGAUUUUUAAAAAUAUAUAAUAAUUUGAGUAUCGAGUAGGCUUCUCGUUUACUGAGCUUCCAUUAUAUGUCUUCUCCCCAUAUUGGCAAAGAACACUUCUCCACACCCUGGAGGAAGGUAAACCAUUGAAGGUCAUCUCCUCCACAUUUUAAAAGCAACCAUUAUUAGAUUUAUUCUUCUUUAUAACUAACAGAUUGUCAUUGCAUGCAUAUAUUGUGCAUUGCAUUUGAGUUUAGAAAUUAAACCGAUACAAAAUUUGAAUCACAAUUUAUAGCAAUUUAAAGGAUAUAUACAGAUCGCAUCAUCACUCCAUUCCCUCCCUUCCUGAAACAAUCCAGUUGAUAGCCAAGAACAAAGCUUACAAAUUGAUGGCUAGCCAACACUCAGCCAUUCAUGACAACCUAAAUAAAGCAGAGGAGAAACGGGGGUGAAUAUUACCCUAAUUUCAGUAAUCCCUAUUGUAACGAAUGCUGGUACUUCAGAUACAAAGAAUACAACAGGAAAACAGUGCUAAUUAACAGACAAUAUGUGGAUAGGCAGCAACCCAAACGAAGGAGACCCCUCAAAUCCUUCAACAAAUUGAUAAAACCAUACAAAAAAUGGGGUAGGGCUGUGCCAGUAGAGAGAUAUGAUAACGUAAAAUAGUCCAGAAGAGUGUCACUAGAGAAGAAGUGCUUGAUGGAAUGUGGAUAAGUAGACUUUUCAGUGGGGGUGGGUUCGUCCUAGUGUCUCAGGGUAUUCAUAUAUAUAUAGAAGAAAAAAGAGACAAGGGCUUCAGAUACCCGUUCGUUUGCUUCCUCCUGAACUGCUAAGUAUUUGGUGAAUAUAGCUCGCAGUUCGGCUGUUGAAUUCAUACAUUCUCCAGAAUAAAAAUACAGCAUACAAGUAAAUCCAACAGGUAAUCAGACGAUUACCCAAACAUCAGCCUAGACUAGAUGAAGGGUACAACAGGAAUGUUUUAUUUAGGCUAGAUGGCCGGCUUUUAUGCAAGUCAAGGGUACAGUAUACACGCCCACAGAAACUUCCACAGUACGCCCACUAAAAUACUGAGUCAAUGACUCGACAUAAAACACAAAGUAUGAAAAGUACAUAAUAAUACACUUAUAUAUUAUAGGGACCCCCAUAAAUGUCAUAUCCCCAGAUAGCCUGGAUCUGAGCGCCCAAGUUGUCCAAAUAACGCUGAGAUCCCACGAAUACCGCCGAAUCGCCACCGGGCUAAAGUUUUGACCUACCGCUCACGAGACGCUUGCCCCAAAUAGUUUCAUAGUUUCAAGGGUAUUGGUUGGCCAAUUUUGGGAGUCCCAAACCGAACAAAACCACAAAUGGUUCCCUUGGCUCAUUGGUAGCGUUUGUUCACCGGUUCGUGCAAACAAACCUACCGAACAGCGCUCUCCUGGCUUGCCUGGGAAAAGAAGCAGGCGUCAAGUGUCCGACUUGAAGUUCCAUACACUCGAAGACCAGGUCCCGCUACCUGUUUUUGUGCGACAAGAUGACCACCGUUUUCUCCAGAACAUGUUGUUCGGUUGCACAGGGAGAGCACUAAUUCCUGUGGUUUUCUUGAACUUAAUGAGCCAGGGUGGUGGUCGGUUUUUUGGUUGAUUUAUCUACUGAACCAAAAAAAAUAAUGAAUGGGAACCAAAGUAGGUAGUUUUCUUCACACGUAUGACAAGGCAACAUCUGAGGAUCAUUGUAUUCCAGCGGUUCCUGUAUAACGGUGUGAAUAGUUAAUACUGCUGUAUAUAAAUACGUUGAGAUUGCUAACAAACAGCGUGUAUGUAACAUCACAGAAUAAGAUAACACAGUUUUGUAUUGGUCUUCCUCCAUUUUUAUGGUAUCUCAGGUUUGUGCAGUGAGGAUAAGAAAGCCCGGAGGCAUUCCGCUCGAAGGAGUUCUCUAGAGGAGCUCCCUGUGCCUGUGCCUUCUCUUUUCCGAGCUUUGAGUGGAGUACAGGAAGGGGAUCCAAGCCUUGGGUGGAGCGCUCACUCAUUGACAGUGUCCGAAGAGUUUACGCAGAAAUCUCACAUGGACCACAUACUGCUUGGGGAUGAUUCAGGUGAGUGAAGAGAUAAACCUGGCUCUAGGGCUAGGAUGCCAGGCUCGUAAGUCCAGUUGUUUUCUUAAGUGGCCCAUGAACCUGAAGAUCCAAUCUUGGAUUUAUAUAAAUAUAUUUACUGUGUUAUAAGCAGAGCUUUAUUUGUGUAAUAAUGGUCAUAGUACUAUGCUACACUAUCUGUAGUUUUUUAAAGAGGUAUUGGUGACAAUGACUCUUCACCACAAAUUAAACCCUGUUUUUAUGUAUUUUAGAUACAUCAUAGGUACUUGUUACCUAUGUGUUAAAUUAAGUAAAUGUGCAGGUGUCAUAGCUACUAAUAUGACAUAGAGCAAUACACAGAUUAAAGAGCUCCCAAUACAGGUUAAGCAACCUUUGGCACUCCAGAUGUUGUACACUACAUCUUCCCUCUUUUGCCAGCAUUAUGGCUGUAAGAGCAUUCUGGGAGAUGUAGUCCACAACAUCUGCAGGGCCAAAAGUCAGGUAGAGCAUACACAAUGUAAUAGUCUGUAAGUGGUGGUUCCGUAUCACCAGUAACACUAAUUUUAAUUCAUCUUCUCAGUUGUGCCUUCUCCUCCAUUGGUGAACAUGUCUGGACUCUGCACGGUGCUGUACUUUAACACUUGUAUGUCCAUGAGACACUGCCAUCAGUCCUGCGAAUCCGUUGGAUCCUCCAGAUAUCGCUGGUUCCAUAAUGGUUGCUGUCAGUGCAUUGGACCUGACUGUUAUGGAUAUGGAAGCAAAGAACCAUUGUGCCUCCAGUGCCAUCCUUAAGGCCUACUGUGAGAAUGAAUGUUCACCUAUAAUGAGAAAGGAAGACACUGUAUAGAAGAGGAUGGAAUCGAUUCCAGAUGAUGAAUACUGGCAGUAAUGGGCAGGGCAGAGCUUUUCAUCAUUUUGUGUAUGGUUUCAUCUCAUAAUGCACUUAAUAGGAGACUUUAAAAAAAGGAAUCAUCAAAGCCCUAACUGACAUUUUCUUACCAUGUCUCCAUGAUGCCUGGACGAUGAAAGGAUGGUAUUUGGGACCAUGCCAGUAUGAUUAAUUGGGAUAUAAGUAGUGUUUCCCUUAUGAUAAUCUGCUUAUGUAUUCUUCACACAUAAUUUAACCACAUCUUGAACUCCAUGCCCAGAAGACACAAACCCAGUGUGAGAUUUCCUACAUUCGCUUUGCAAUCUACUUACACAUACACAGGAGACCUAUCCCUUGGCUACAUUUGAUCUCCAUCCAAGAUGUGUUCCAUAUUCUAUGAUAUAAUAGUCUAGGUCAGUGUGUCUUGUUUUUUCCCCAACAAGUAACUCUGAUAAUUUCUGUAUACAAGAAAACACCAUUUUCAUCUACAUUAAAAGAGGAAUAAACUGUAGUUGCAUCAUAUGCACAUCAGAAAUGCCUUAUUAUUAACUUAUGAAAUUAAUAAAUAAUGAUUUAAUUCACUUUAUUACCUAGUAGCUAAGACUGACAAUUACAAAGGUUUUGUUACACUAAUGUACCCUGACCACAGGUAAUCCCCAAAUACAUGCAGGAUUAUUCACUAAUGUGUGAAUUUCUUACAAUUUACCUUACUUAAUAAUCCUUUUAGAUGAGAGUAUUAUUUAUAGACAGUAGAGAAAUAUUAAAGGGCCCAAUUACUUUUUCUUGCUUGUUUCAUUGUAACUAUAUGAUGGCUCAAGGACUGAUGUUGCACAAGAGGACAGCAUACAUUUUCAGGUCACUAAUGUAUAGCUUCCAUUUAGACCAGCGGUUCCCAACCCAGUCCUCAAGUACCCCCCAUCUGUCCAGGAUUUAGGAAUUACCCUGUGGUGUAUAAGGUGUUUUUAGGGAAAAAAAAAAACACUUUACACACAACAAGGUAACCCCUAAAUCCUGGACUGGUAGGGGGUACUUGAGGAAUGGGUUGGGAACCCCUCAUUUGGACUAACCGAACAUCGACAGGGAUUAUUCAGGGAUAUUCAAUAAACCAGUGUUUCCCAAACAAGUCUCCCAACAACAGUUCAGGAUUUGUCGGGAUCUCCAUUGAUAAAGAAAUGGCAAAUAAAUAAAUCCUGGCUGUUGCUGAGCCAUGAGGACUGGUCUGGGAACCACUGCACUACACAGUGAAUUGUCACUGUUUCAAAAUAGUGAAUAACCCGAAAAGGUUUGUUUUAACUCUUCUUUAUCCACACAUGGGUUAAUUGAACAGGGAGUUGUUUAGUAUUUAUUACAGAUUUGCAGAAUGUAGGCCACAACUGCCAAAACUCUGGCCAACUUUUGUGACUGACAUAACAAAAGGUUUAUUCAGUAAACCAGGAAUUAUCAGUAAAUACACAUUUAAUGCAGCAAUAAUCAAGGUGAAAAAAUUGUUGAUUUUGAGGUUUUCAGCUAUUUCAGCCUUAGAUUUGAAAUUCCCUGGUUAAUUUAUGGCAAUUCUCUGCUUAUCAAAUAUCCUCAUAGGGUUUUUUUUUUUUUAAGGUGUAUAUUCUAAUUGUGUAUAGCUCAUUUUAAAGUCAACAUUCUUUAAACUAUAAAAGAAAAAAAUAAAUCUUACACUUUCUAUUCAUAAAGGUGCCCUUCUUAUCUGCUGCAACCUGGCCUAUUUGCUGCUGUUGGACACGCUGCUAGAAUACAACAUCCUCAUAUAUAACUGUGUCAUAAUAGUAAUUGUUUUGUUUUGAAAGUUACUUGAUUGACUUUAUUUCCAUUUACUGUUAUCACUAGUAAUGUUUCAUGUCCUUUGAUAAACCUUAGUUUAAAGAUUCUGUAUAUUUUCUGCUGUGCUCACUAUUCAUAUAUACACUUAACUUCACCUCUUCUUUUCAAUAUAUAUUUUGAAAGAUGUCGUAUCAACUAAACUCAACAGUUGUAUUUGUGUAUAUAAAAAGCUUGUGUUUUUUUUUUUUUUAAUAGACAUCAGUGUUGUCUGAAAAAUAAUAUAUCUUCAUAGGUGUACAAUGCCAGAGUUUGUUUGGAAAUUAGAUAUAUUGGCCUAAUUUAUGUAAUUAGUUUCUAUUUCUAUAUAGUUUUAUAUAUCCCUACUUGAAUAGUUCUCUGUUCUUUUUAUUUAAAGAGACACUGUAAGCACCAAAACAAACUUUAGUUUAAUGAAGUAGUUUUGGAGUGUAGAUUAUUCCCCUGUUAAAUUGUUUGCCCAAGGGACUUUUCUCUUGGCUGUGAAACACACAGCUUCCAUUAAAAAAAAAUAAAAAAAAUCAGAUCUUACGGUACAAUGGUGGUGGUUAAGGAUUAAAAACAAUAUUUAUUCUGAAAGUGGUGCAAAAUUGCAAAGUGGAAUAAAGAAGAGAGAGCCUUAAAGGGACACUCUAGUUACCCAGACCAUUUCAUCUCAAUCUUCAGGAGAACCAUUGUGGAGGAGGUCAUGCCUCCUCCAUGACAUCACAGGAGAAGUGAGCAGCAAUGAGGAAAAAGGUAAGUAAAUCAUUAAUUUUAUUAUUUCAUGACAAACCGGGUGGGGGGGGGGACAUUAAAGUGAUACUUUAAGUGCCAGAAAUACAAAGCUGAAUUCUUGGCACUAUAGCUUCAUCUGCCUCCCCCCUCCCCCAUGUUAAAAACCCUUGCGUUGGGGUUGUGGCUCCGCAUCCUUGCACAUCCUGCAACGAGUGGGCGCUAAUGCGCAUGCACGGCAAAUUCUCGCACGCAUUAGACCUCCCCAUAGGAAAGAAUUGAAUCAAUGCUUUCCUAUGGGGAAAAUUCUGACUCUGGAUGUCAUCAUGCAGAGCGUGAAAACGUCUAGUAUCAGUUACCGUACCAAAUGUCCAUUUAGAAACAGGAAGUGCCUCCAAUUUGUGCAAUUACAUCUUUUCAGUGGCAAUUGUUGUGAAACACCACUUUCGAACUGGUAAUGUAUUGGCUGCUGCUGCUAUUUUGUAAUUUUUCCAUUUACAUCCUAUCCCAUGCUGUCAGCUUAUGGGACUAUACAUUAGGUUAACCUCAUUAUUCAGAGGGAGCUAUUUGAGCUUAGGGACUGGGGAAAAAAAAAAAAAGUUAUUUUACUUACCUUUUCUCCUUCACAGAAUCUGUGCUCCCACAUCCUAAGCCGAGAUCAUUGAGCUCGAUAGUCUCAGCCAAUCCAAUGCUUUCCCAUAAGAAAGCAUUGGGAGGCUAGUGCGCCUUCAAGGCAAAAAGUGCAAAAUCGGAUUGGAAUAGAAUUUUACUGUGUCUGGUGUGUCUAUAGUGGCCCUUAAAAGAGAAACUGUCACUUCCUCACUUUGGGCAAAACAAAAUAGCUAACUGAACUGGAGCUGAAGGACCUUUCUGGACCCUAGUCGGAGGUCAGAGAAUAAGUAUGGGAGAGAUGGCAGAUGUAUUGAAGGAGAAAUGAAAACAUCCCUGGCUGUCUGACUGAUACCAAGGAAGGCAUUUCUAAUUCUAAUGAUAGAAGUGCUGAUUUAUGAAAGAAAUCUGCACUUUUAGAAACUAGCUUUAAAGAAGAAUACUCCAUAGAUAUAAAACGUGGUAAAAGGGUGGGCCACUAAUGUGAAUCACAUAACCAGAGUUUCCCAAAGGGGCGAACAUGCUCAAAAAGAAAGCGUGUGUGAACGAAGAAUUAGAUGGUCAGUCUGGCGUGAAUGCAUGUCAGGCUGCCUGCCAAUCGUGCAGGAUGACCAACCAAGGCCAUACUAUGCAGACAGCACACUGAGCUUGGCAUAAAUUCGUCUAAUGAUGCGCUAGCUCUAUGGACUGUCCCCUGGCACUCGCUGGUCCACACCCCUCCUAACCGUCUUGCUAGCAGGCAGAAGCUCCUGUUAUACAAUUUGGGACAGAGAAAAAGUGUAGGUAGUGAGUGCAGAAGAAAGGGAACACGUCACAGUGUAAGAGAGACUGAAACAGCAAAAGCAUUUGCAUAGUGCGCAAAGUCAGCUUUACAUUAACUUUUUUCAUUGUCAGACAGUCCACACCCUACAUCCCUCUUAAGUUUCCAAACUUAAGCAAGAGCAUGUGAAGAGUACAACAUUUUAUUUUUUAUUAUUAAUUUUUUUUUAAAAUCAUGCCUUUUCCAUAGGCAUGGGCCUGGAGCUGCAGCUCCAUCAGCCACGCGGUUAUGUCUUGAGAACAUUGUCACAGCAAAUAGUAUGGAUACGAAGGAUUAGUGAACAUGCCUGAUACUGAAUAUGUGUUGUGCAGUCAUCUUUUCUGGGGCAGGCCUGCAAGUUCAUCUAAUUCACAGACUUGGAGGUAAGUGUGUUUAUUACCCUGUUAACCCCUUCAUGCUGGUACUCGUGCAAACACAAUCCUCAGUAUUGUGUAUAUAUUGUUUUAACAAUUGCAAAUGAAAUAUUGUAUUUUAAUUUAAAGGGACACACCAGUGCCGGGCAGGUCCCCUCUCCCUCCCACCUCCGGUUGCUGAAGAGGUGAAAACCCCUUCAGGUCACUUACCUGAGACCCCGCCGAUGUUCCUCACCGGUGGUUUCAGGUAGCCGCCGCUCCUCCCCUUCCUUACAUCAGCCGCAUCAGAGCUCUCCAUAGAAAAGCAUUAAAAAUGCUUUUCAAUGCUUUCCUAUGGGGAAUUGAGCGACGCUGGAGGUUCUCACACAGUGUGAGGACGUCCAGCGACGCUAUAGCACAGGUUUUCUGUGCAAUAGACCAGGAAGUGCCCUCUAGUAGCUGUCGAGGAGGAGUUAACCCUGCAAGGUAAUUAUUGCAGUUUAUUGAAAACUGCAAUAAUUACACUUGCAGGGUUAAGGGUAGUGGGAGUUGGCACCCAGACCACUCCAAUGGGCAGAAGUGGUCUGGGUGCCUGGAGUGUCCCUUUAAUUUCAUUUGCAAUUGCUGACCAUACUGCAGAGUUUGAGCUACCAAUAUAGCGUCGGCUCUGCUGCAAUCAUAGCAGCGGCACGGGUCAGUGGGAAAAUCUAUAGAUCUCUCUGCCCUGGCCUGCACUUCUCGUAGUACGGGUCUGCACCUCCAGCUGAGUUCAGAUGCUCACUCCAGAUCAAAGACCGAAGAGAGCACAGACACACUGUUCCCCACACACAGCCACCCGUCAAUCUCCACCCCACACAGAGUAACCCCCUCAACAUGGACACCAUCUCCAAAACACACACAGUCACUUCCACCAACCACACACCAUUGUGGCAAAACUAAGGGCAGCAGUGCCCUGGGCGCCACAUGAAGAGUCAUAAAAAGGAAAUUUGUGCUGAUCAGAAUAGGAGGUGGAUCAGCAAUAGCUGCAGAGGCAGAUUCUUCAGCUAUUGUAAGGCAUGGUCUUAGCAACUAAGAACUAAUGAAAAAAAAAUAUUAAAUGCAUACAUUUCUUCAAAUUUCAUAAAGAAAAAAAUGCAUUUCUAGUGUCUUCCACAGUUAGCAGGUUUACUUCACAUCCUUUUAUGCUCUAGUGGGGUGGUGGAUCAGUGAACGCAGGUCUGUAAUGUUGCCCUACUGUAAUUGAGCCCUGUUCUUUAUAAACCAUGUGCAAAAGGUUUCACACGAUACUGAGCAGUACAGACUGAUUAGAGUGUCCCUUUAAGAGCAUUAAAGUUGAGUGCAAUAAAUGAUGGAAGUUCUUAUAAAAUGAUAAAUCGUGAGGGAUUUCCACGCAGUAUACAGCACUCAGACUGAAACCAGCCUUGGUACAGGGAACUCCUGGCAUCUCGGUUUUUCGAUUAUAAAUGUACCCUGGUGAUAAGGGCUUCUACAAUGUCCGUCUUCAAUGUAUCCACUGUCACAGCUCUCAUGCUCAAUGUACAGCCAUGUGUCGGUCCCAAUGUGUAUUAUGAUUUCAUUGAGUGGCAACGCUCACUCCUCCCAGUAAGUCAGGGUCACAUCCCAUGGACCCAAUCACACUGCACUCAUACGGCCCUCCCUUCCUGUAAAUGCUACCAAUGAGCGAGCUCUCCAUGCUGGAGAGAGUGCCAGGCAACGGCGAGGCCUAAGAGACUGCUCUAAAAGAAACCAUACCAGCUGGGGACAUUGUGAGAACGUCUGGAAAGAAGACUACAGUAUAGUCAGAUCUCCCGGCGCUCGCAGGGAGCGCUGCUCUACUCAGCAGAGAGUGUCACACGGAGCCCUGACUAGAGUGCCUUUUCCUGAAUACCGAGACCCCUCCAAGAGACGCCCAUGGACUGCUACCGGAUCUGUAACGUGUAGACUCUUCCAGUGACGGGAUGCAUACUAUAGAACGUUGGCAUUCGUGGUAAGAGAACGUCGCGGUGAUGUGAGCUGAUUGUGUAACCCUGUGAUCUCUGACAUCUGUAUCCCCCCACUUCCUCUGUCCCAAUCACUGGGCAAUCCUGGCCUUCCUGAAUUUAAAGCUACACUGUUUACCCACAUGGGUUGUUCACACGUUGUGUGCUGCGUUCAUCCUCCAGAGCCUCUCAAUCUUCCCUCCAUCCAGUCAGUGUUGAUUUCUGAUUUAUUCCUGCCCCUCCCUCCUAUUUUUUUUUUCUUCUCUAACCCCAGCCCCUUCUCAUAUGUAUUUAUGUCCCACCCAUCCUAUGUAAUUUCUUCAAUUAGAUCGUUGUCAUAUUUGUCUUACAGAUUUGUUCCUACAUGUUUUUCAAACUUUGUCCUGAAACUUGUUUCUCUCCAGGCAUGCUCCUGCCUUGUGUCUGAAUGCUAGUUUUACUUUCCCAGUUAUUGGAAGGCCACACAUUACGCUGUUUAAGGCAGACAUGAUCUAUGCAACGACAUGCUUGGCCAACACACAUAAAUACAUGGUUUCACUAUAUACUACUGCAAACCUUUUAAUAUCUUCUUGGGUACCAGGAAAAGUCUUUGGUUAAAAAAGUAUAAGUUAAACAAUAAUUCUUCUCGUUCUCAUUCUAGAUCACUAGAAGUGCAGAUUCUAUUUUCAAAAGUUAAUUCUAGUCCCAACUACAUUCUGAUUUGGAAAAGUAAUUGGUUUUAUUUAAAACAAAGGUAAAUAAUGCCAAUAAUACACAAUAAACUAGUAGUGCAGUUUGAUGCAUGUAAGUUUUGAUUGAUUAGUAAGGAUGUUUAUAUUAAAAGGACACUAAGCACUAAAACCACAAAUGUAGUGGUUUUUGUGCAUUAAUUGUUUUUCAUCUUCUCCAUCUGCACACCCAAAUUUAUACAUCCCAAGAUCCCAUGUUUUUGAACUCAAAUCUUUCUUCUUUUUAUUCCAUAAUAAAAGAGCAGACAAUUGACAAUUUGUGUCUGAGCAUUUAGCAAAGUUUCAAAACAGUAGAGCAGUAAAUUAGCCUGAGUAAAGAAAAUACUUUUUACAAAAACAAACAAACAAACAAAACCCCGUAGGCGUCAAAACAGCUUUAGCUCAAUGAAGCAGUUAUGGUGCAUAGCAUAAAUCAUACCCAUGCAGUUUCACUGCUCAGUUCUUUGUCACUUAGGAGUUCAAUCACUUUGCUGAUGUAGCCCUAGUCACAUUUCCCUGAAAGUGACUUGCACAGUCUUCUUAAACAUUUCCUGUAAAGAUAGCUCUAAUGGUUUAACUAACUUUACUGCACAUUCUGUUUAAUUUAGAAUUCUCUCCUGCUCUGUUAAUAUAUUCUAGACCCUGCAUGAGCCUUCUGUGUGUGUUUAAAGUUCAGUUUACAGAGCAGGAGAUAAAAACGUUUAAAGUAAGUUACAUCUGAUUGAAAAUGAUACCAUUUUUUUUUUUUUUUUUUUUUUUCAUACAGGCUGUGUGAGUCACAGAUAGUGAAGGUGUGGCUAGGGCUGCAUAAACAGAAACAAAAGUGAUUUAACUCCAAAAUGGCAGAAUAUUGAGUAGAGAGACUGCAUGUACAUGAUCUAUGCACAAAAUCUGCUUUAUGGACCACUAUAGGCACCCAGACCACUUCAGCUCAAUGAAGUGGUCUGGGUGCCAGGCCCAUCUUGGGUUAACCCUGCAGCUGUAAACAUAGCAGUUUCAGAAAAACUGCUAUGUUUACAAUAGGGUUAAUCCAGCCUCUAGUGGCUGUCUCAUUGACAGUCACAAGAGGCGCUUCCGCGCUUCUCACUGUCAUUUUCACAGUGAGAAGACGCUGCCGUCCAUAGGAAAGCAUUGAGAAAUGCUUUCCUAUGGACUGAUUGAAUGCGCGCUCGGCUCUUGCUGCGCAUGCCAUUCGGUGGAUGACGUCGGCAGAGAGAGGAAAGUUCCCCAGCGCCGAGGGAGCUUGGUGCUGGAGAAAGGUAAGAGUUUAACCCCUUCCUCCCCCUUCAGCCCAGCUGUAGUGGACCCUAAGGGUGGGGUUUGUUUUCCUGGCACUUUAGUGGUCCUUUAAUUAAGCUCAAGUUGUUAUGAUGCCUAUUGUAUCUAUUUAAGCUGCAUUUGUAUUUUCCCUCACUUGACAUCCAUGCCAGCUAAUUUGAGAUGAGACUAUUUAUAAGAAUCACAUUUCAUUGUAAAAUAAAAUGCUUUGUUUGUUUAGAUCUGCUAAAACAUAUGAAUGCUCAAAGAGGUCAUGUAUUUUUAAGAUUCUUUUCUGACUUGUUGAUAACCAUACUGAAACACUACUACAAAUACCUGGCCUUUCUGGACUUCCUUAAAAAUAAGCAUGCAUUACAAAUUUCUAUUACAGUCAAAAAUAUAUAUUUUUUUUCUCUCUCUCUCUUGUGUUUUUUUUUGUUUUGUUUUUUAACAGCUCGAAAUCUGAAAAUUAUCUGUAACAAAGAUAAAUGAAGAAAUGCAAAAAAAAUUAUAUUUCAAGGUAAGACUGUAUUCCUAUUACACUGCAUAUCAUUUAUAAUGUAAUUUGUUUUAUUGCCACCCUUUAUUAAUAUUGUUAUACAGAAAUCUAUCCAUAAGUGCCUCCUGAAGUUGUAGUGAUAAUGGCCAUCACUGUAAAAAAUAAAUAAAAUCAACACCCCCCUUAAACCGUAUGUAGAUACCAGGUAAGGUUAAAAAUAGCUGCAUUCCUUCUAUUGGCAGUUAGAAAGCUGAUUUGUCCCACACAGUGACUUGCUCCAGGAUUGCGCUAUAAACAUGCACUUUUUGUCCUUUUUUCCAAUAAAUCUGCUGCACAAUUAAUGCUUGAGUGCCUGGAGUACAAUUUUUUUGUUUGCACUAUAAACAUGACAUGGUGGGGAAAAUUUAUCAAAGUGUUCUGUCCUAAAAAAAUGUUGUUAAAUGUGAGGAGUCAACAAUGGAAUGUGCAUAGUGAUUGCCCCUUUUUUAGUACUUAAGACAAAAUUUUAGAAAACGUUUGCCUCAAGCUAAUAAGUUUUAUCGGCUCCUGAAAAGCCUUUGGAUCGAUUUGCUAGCUUUCCACUUUUAUAUUUGGCUGGGAACCAGCCUCCUUCAGAAUUACACUGCAAGUGUAAUUCUGAAAACUGCCAGUACAUUGUGGCAGCAUACCUUUAUAUACUGUGUUUAAUAGUCAAAUCAAUUUCUAAUAACAAAAUUUGAUAUUGGCAAUGGGUUACCUUGAGGUUAGGGGUAGGGUAGGGUUACACUUAGUGUUGGGAUAGGGUUCGGUUAAAGGACCACUCUAGGCACCCAGACCACUUCAGCUUAAUGAAGUGGUCUGGGUGCCAGGUCCAGCUAGGGUUAACCCAUUCUUUCAUAAACAUAGCAGUUUCAGAGAAACUGCUAUGUUUAUGAAUGGGUUAAGCCUUCCUCCUAUUCCCUCUAGUGGCUGUCUCAUUGACAGCCACUAGAGGCGCUUGCGUGCUUCUCACUGUGAUUUUCACAGUGAGAGCACGCAAGCGUCCAUAGGAAAGCAUUGUAAAUGCUUUCCUAUGCGACGGGCUGAAUGCGCGCGCAGCUCUUGCCGCGCGUGCGCAUUCAGCCCAGGAGGAGGAGGAGAGCUCUCCGCCCAGCGCUGGAAAAAGGUAAGUUUUUAACCCUUUCCCCCUUCCAGAUCCGGGCGGGAGGGGGUCCCUGAGGCUGGGGGCACCCUCAGGGCACUAUAGUGCCAGGAAAACGAGUAUGUUUUCCUGGCACUAUAGUGGUCCUUUAAGGGUUAAUGCUGGGUAUGGCUUAAUGCUGUUGAAGGGUUAAAGUUAAGGGUAUGUUUGGUAUAGCGUCUGUGUUGAGGUUGGUAUAAGGUUAGCAUUAACUAUCAAAAAUUAAUUUAGAUUAUAAACAUAUUGGGAAUUUAAUAACCAGGACUGAUAUAUAAAUGUAUUUUUAGUUCUUUUUAAUUAGUUUUAUUUCUUUUUUUUUAAAUUUUAUUGACAUGUUAGGUAUACGUAUAGGAUAUUAAAUGUACGCCCUUUCUGUCCUUUAAAAAACAACAACUAUAUAAUAUAUACCUGGCACUUGAAGAGAAACCCUUACAUUAUGAUGGAAUAAAAAUCUAGCUUAAAAUCUGUUUUUUGUUUUUUUUUGUUCUAAACUUGCACAAUUUCCUGCGUUAAUUAUAAUAUGCUACUAUCUAUUAUAACAUAUUCCCUCAAAAAGUCUCGAGAGAAGUAAGACUUACCUGUUGGAGUGCUCAUUAUUCGCAGAGACAUUGCAGGGUGAAGAUGGAUCUACUUUUAUAUUGUGGUGCUUGUUUGUUCUUUUGCUAAUCAACUGUUUUUUGGGGAAAUAAAACUCCUAAUGGCAAGUACCAUCUCCUCUGAAAAACAGCUUUCCAAACGUGCAGAUGUCUUGUCUGCUGCCUGUGCAAGCCCUCCUCUUCUAAACCCACCUGGAUUUUCUGUGACUGUCGAAUCACAGAUUUACCAAUGCAGCUCCAUGAGAAGUCUUUGUAAGGCAGAUGCUCUGGGCAAUUGCUGCCUCUUGAGUGCAGUGCAAAUAAGCUAACCAAACCAGGAAGUAACAGAACCUGUUGUCAGCUUGAAAAGCCAAGAGGGUGUAACCAGUAUAAUUAAUAAAAGUGUCAAUUUCUAUUAAAAUCUGCUCUGUUUGCAAAAUGAAAAAAAAAUAGAACACACUCUUCACACAAUGAUUUGCAGCAAGCUAACAUGCUUUAGGGGUCUGUAAUGUACCUUUUAAGUCUAUUUGUCUACUGUAAAAGUAGUAGAGAAUCUAUUUGCCUCUAUAAAUAUGAUAAUGUAACUUCAUGAAUUGGUGAUUGAUCCCUAUUUAACUCCCUCAAGCACUUCCAUUUUAGCCCACUGGUUGGCUUCAAUGAUGGAUAAGUAUGAUACAAGAUAAAAAAGUGUGUGGGGUUAUUCAAUGAACAGUGAGUUGUGAUGAAUUGACAAUAUACAACAUUGAGGCCAAGAUUGCUUACACAAUCUUAUUUGUUUUUGUUUUAAACAUAAUUGAGACACUUUAAGUUGGAGUUUAUGCCUUCAUUUGGACCAGAAGCAGAUGCGCGGAAGGUUUAACUUACCGUAUUUUCCGGCGUAUAAGACGACUGGGCGUAUAAGACGACCCCCAACUUUUCCAGUUAAAAUAUAGAGUUUGGGAUAUACUCACCGUAUAAGACUACCCCUCUUCCAAUGCACACCAAAUAAAAAUUAGCCAUGAUGUACAGUGAGCAGACAGAGCUACACAGCAAGACAUUAAAUAAUGAUAAUCUGAAAUAGCAUUUAAAGCCCUGGUAUGUGCCAGGCUGUUUAGGUAUAUAAUCCAUGCCUGCUGGUCUAGCACACAGGAGGCUAAUUGCGAUAUAUUCUUUUUACUCCCCCCUCCAUUCUUUUUAAUGCCCCCUUUUUACCCCCCCCAUUCUUUUUACUCCCCCUCUCCCCCCCCAAUCCUCCCUACAUUCUUCUCACCUCCCCUUCCCUGUGCAUAGUGGGUGGCCGAGCUCCUCUUCGUCCUGUCAGUCCGGCCGGGUACCGCGCGGUACAGGAGAUACCCGGCGUAUAAGACGACCCCCCACUUUGGAGAAGAUUUUCCAGUGUUAAAAAGUCAUCUUAUCCGCCAGAAAAUACAGUGAUUAACCCAAGUUUUUUUGUUUUCUCUAUAACAAGAUUACAGUGCUCUGGUAGGUACUGCAGAGCUGUACAAUAUUUGGCUAACCUUUGCAUCUUGUUCAAACUCUCUGCUUAGUAAAUAAAGCCUAGAGUGAUAACCAGGUUUGAGAUUUAUUAUAUUCUUUUACAAAGUGUAGCAGUAGCUGCCAUUUGAUAUCUAACCCUGUUUCAUUCCUGUGUAUGUUGCUUGUAAAGUCAACCUUUUGGCUUAUUUGUGUUCAUUUUUCUUUUCGCAUUUAAAAAGGCUAAAGUUACAGGAUUGCACGUUUCAGUGAAAUUCAUCCACUAAAUGGGUGGAUGUCAGAGUUAGAGAUCUAAAGGCUAUGUGGGCAUAGUUGGUAUACAUAAAUGAUACAUUUUGAGUCUCCUUCCUCCAUAUGUCUAUGCAUGUGGACAUCUAUCCCAUCUGUGUGUUUAUCCUGUCUUUGCAAAAAGUAUUGAUCUGUGUGAAACCAAUAGUCAGAAGAUGAGUAGGGGUUGGGGUGAAGAGAUGAGUCUGUGUUAGUCUCCCAGAGGAGGUCAAAUCCUAAAGUCUGUUCAUCUAACAUAAUAGGCAAAAAGACAAAAGGACCCUGACAGUCUUGACUGGGUGGACAUAAUAGAGGUGGAGUUAACCUUUUGUUCUCCCAUUAAAGAGAUGGGGGAGGAUAUACAAGGGCAACACUCCCUGUGGUGUGUUUUCCUUUGCCUGCUCUGUGACUCCCUUCCCCCAAACAAAACAUGCAGGGGAACCUGCUUCUUUUUUUUUUUUUAUUUCUUUUUUCAACAGAAAAUGUUGCUUAAUGUAAACUAGGGCUCUGUUAGCAAAAGCAAGUAAGAAUUCAUAUAAACUAAGAAAAUAAAAAUAUAAGAGGGACAAAUGACAAAAUAAAAAAAAACAUUUUUAUGCAUGUGCAUUGUAACUAAGAGCCACUAUUGCUGAACUUUGUUUACAGUGCUAGAGCAGCCAGUGUCAGCGCUUUGCACAUACAGUACUGGGGAUAAUUUCAUUAAAAUGACACAUGCAUUAGGUGAUCAGUAGUGUACAACAUGUGGAUAUCCUACAGUGUUGUUUAAUUGUGGCUUAGUAUUUCCUAUCAGAAAGACACCACUCCAUCAAGCACAUAUUACAUUUCAAAGACCAAUAAUAUUUUGUGUUUAUUUUGCCCUCUAGUGGUAUAAUAAUGAUAAUGUAUUUGAACACAAAAUUAAACCUAUGUAUUAUUGUCCUAUGCACAGGCUAAUUAUUAUUAUUUAUAUAGUGCCAGCAAAUUCCGUAGCGCUGUACAAUGGGUGGACUAACAGACACGUAAUUGUAACCAGACAAAUGGACAUAUCGGAACAGAGGGGUUGAGGGCCAUGCUCAAUGAGCUUACAUGCUAGAGGGAGUGGGGUAUAUUAGUUACACAUAGAGUAUAAGUAGGAGUAAUGAAAUAGGUUGCCAGAAAAGUAUUCACUGAGAACUUAUUUUUGACAGUUGCAGGAGAGGGUUCAAUGGGGGGAGGGGAAGAAUGGAAAUCCGCUAACCAUCAAAUAUGUAUGUAUGUAUAAGAUUUUAUUUUAUUUACAGGUAUUUAGUUUUAUUGCUCCCUCUCAGUAUUUUUAGGGUAAGUGGGGUAGGUAGGUCUUUAAUAGAUCCCCCCCUCCUGCCUUAUUGUCAUUUAGGGCCCCCAACUGCCGCUCAUGGGUUGAGGGGAUCCUAUGUCCCCUAUUUAGUUGAAUAGGACACAGUGUCCCUCCGCUAGUUAUUUUAAUAGGUGCCCCACCAUGGAACACUUUUUAUUGUAAAGGGGGGGGGGGGGGUCUUUUUAAUUUUUUUAAUAUAGCGGUAAGCAGCCGCUGGCUGCUUACUGUUUAGUAGACGUGCCCCUACUUGUGGUAUAACGAGUAGGGGCAGAAGGGAGAUUUUAAUCUCCCUUAAUUAUUAAUACUAAGUAAUCUUUACUUGGUGUUAGUAAAUUAGGCUGAAAGACCAGGGAGAAUUAGGAAACUACACUGAACAAAAUUAUAAACGCAACACUUUUGUUUUUGCCCCCAUUUUUCAUGAGCUGAACUCAAAGACUUUUUUCUAUGUACACAAAAGGCCUAUUUCUCUCAAAUAUUGUUCACAUAUCUUUCUGAAUCAGUGUUAGUGAGCACUUCUCCUUUGCUGAGAUAAUCCAUCCACUUUUACAGAAGUGGCAUAUCAAGAUGCUGAUUAGACAACAUGAUUAUUGCAAAGGUGUGCCUUAGGCUGACCACAAUAAAAGGACACUCUAACAUGUGCAGGUUUAUCCCACAGCAUAAUGCCACAGAUGGUCACAAGUUUUGAGGGCGCGUGCAAUUGGCAUACUGACUGCAGGAAUGUCAUCCAGAGCUGUUGCCCGUGAAUUUUGAAAAAUGGGGGCAAAAACAAAAGUGUUGCAUUUAUAAUUUUGUUCAGUGUAGUUUCCUACUAGGGAGAAUUAGGGAGCUAUUUACUAAGCGGCUACAAGAUGCAGCCGCGGCACGAACGAAUAGGAUCGGAAUUUCAUUUGAAUGAAAUGCUGAUCCGAACACUAAGUACCGAAUUGCAUCCUAACACGAAAAGAUAAACUGUUCUCAUUCUGUUAGGACGAAAUUUGGUAGUAUCACCGGCUUCCUGUCUAUGUGACAGGACGUUCGGGAAUACUGAAGGGAGGCACCGCGAGAUCAGAGAGUAAAGGGUGAGUAUUGUGAGAAAAUGUAUUUGACCCACAGAAAGUGGGUCAGAGCAGGUCAAGGAUAGGUAAAAAUACAUAAGACAAAGUAGUCACUACUUUGUCUUAUGUUUUAAAGAAAAGAAGAACAGAUCCUGAGAGAGGAAGCGAUUGGGACAAGGUAAGUUCGGUAUGAUGGUGCUUCUUUAAAAUGUUUUAAACUGACAUAAAUGUGUGAACAGUACUGUUAAUUGAAAACAUUGAAACUUGUAUAAUUGUAUCAUGUACAGGAAAUGUUUUCUGUGGAAAAACUCAAUAAAAUAUGAUUUACCAAAAAAUAGAAUAACAUGGAGAGUGAGGGAGGGAUCAAUAAUAACAGAAACUCACACACCAUCCCUAAGUUAAACUGUUCUGUUUUUUCUGCACAUUACGGCGCAGCCAAGAAAAGGGCAAAACAUAUCUGAAAUAUAUGAAAAGCAAUCUUAAAGGGAAUGCAAUCUGAUUUGAAAAGCUGUUUCACUUUACUUUCUUUUUGAAACUUUAUUAUUUAAGAAAGAUGUCUUGUGAAAAUUGGAGGCGUGGGUAAGGGGAGACUUAUACAAAAGAUGUUAAUGUGGAAGAAAAAUACAGCGUGAAUAUGAGGCCAAAACGUAUUAAACAUUUAAUUGUUUGGAUAAAAGAUUAAUUUGCACGAAUAAAUCGGCUGAUAAUGUUCUGAUUGUGACAGACAGAACUCAUCUAGUCUAUAUAAAAUAUUUUGAAUACCAAUCACAAACUUUUUUUUUUUUUUGUCUCUGCAGAUGAUCCAGUGAUUCUGGAAAGGGACAAGUUUCCCCUCCUUGAAAACUGUGGUCUCAAGUUCUCUUGGUACCGUGGAUUGCUUUCUCUGUAAAAGUAUACGGAUUAAAGUGAAUCAUUCCCAAAAGUUGAAAAUGUCUCCAACAACCACCAAGGAUACAGGCAUGUGCCCUGGAGGCACUUCGUUCCUUGUCUGCCUUCCACCUAUUUCUGAUAACAUACAGCUGAUCUGGACUCAGGCAGAGUUGACCAAUGAAUUAGAUGAUCACCCAGAGCUACUGCACACCUUUAGUUACUUCCCUUAUCCCACUAUGCCAGAAAUUGCUUUACUCUGCUUGCGUUGUGGGCUACAGAUGGAAAAGGUAAAGACUUGGUUUAUGGUACAGAGGAUCCGCUGUGGUAUUAGCUGGUCAUCAGAAGAGAUUGAAGAGACACGCUCACGUCUCGUGUACAGUCAGGACCAGCUACACUUCAAACCUCUUGUUGCCAUGGCAAAAAAAUAUAUUUUUCAGAGCCCAGAGAAACCAGCAGCAUGUGUUUCAACAGCUGAAUCAAGGGAACAAGUCAACUCUGCUUUACGUUCACAAACCACAUGUGAUGCUCCGCCGGAGGCCAAGAAGAUGAGAAUGGACUAUCCUACAUUAGAGGUAGAGAAAUCUAGGGUUAAUAUGUUUAACACAGAACGUAAAAUUCCUAGCCCAUCUAGAAUCAAUGAUCAUUCAGACACUUAUGGACAGCAUGUACCAGAUUUAUCUAUUGGUGCAGACUCUCAAUCGGAACUGAGGAGCACAUCAAGAAUUCCUGUUGCUGGUCACAUUUUUGGAGUUAAUGAUACACAAGCUAGCCCAGCUACAGCAAGCUACCUAUCUGAUGAGGAACACUGCAAGAGAAUGGAGAAACCAUCUUGCACUACAGAUGGUCUCAUGUCAGCUCAAGGUUAUGGAUACCAAGAGCAAAACAGUGGAGGUUCAAAACGUCAGCGAAAGACCAAAGAACAGCUAGCAAUUCUCAAAUCAUUUUUCUUAAAGUGCCAGUGGGCAUGCCGUGAAGACUACAAAAUGCUUGAGGAGAUCAGUGGCCUUCCAAGGUCCGAUAUUAUCCAGUGGUUUGGAGAUACCCGUUAUGCACUCAAACAUGGACAGCUCAAGUGGUUCCGGGACAAUGCUCAGGGGCGGCCCAGCUGGCUGGAUGAACCUCAGCAUCUAGUUACAAAUGGAAAACCAGUUGACCCAAAACUUUCAGGAAGCCCGGUUUCGGGAAAUGUAACACCAGUGGCUGAUUUCAAAGACAUAAAACUGUCCAUUCAGCCCACAGGAGCUGUACCAAUACAGGCACCGGCAGUUCAGGGUGGAUAUAUCUCCAAUAAAUCUUCAGAUUCAGUCACAGAAAAGGCUCCUGAUAACAUGGUUAUUACAUUGAUAUCUUCUUCAGGGACAGUGCACUCAGUCAUGCAGCCUGGACAAGACAUGCCAGGCACAAUUCCUCCUUUUACAGACGGUUCAAGGACAGAAGGGCAAAUUAUUCCACCUGAUCUGCAGACAACAGCAAAGACAUCUUCUCCUACCCCAUCUCCCAUGCCAGCUACUUUCUCUCAGGUGGACUAUGGUGUUUUGGAAAGAUACUGGUCAGUUCACCACCACAUCAAGGAAGAGGAUUGCCAGUCAUUGGCUGCAGAAUCUGGGUUAAGUCGUGAGCAAGUGCUAGAUUGGUUUUGUCGUAAAAGUGAACCAGCUGAAGUGGAGCUUUGCCUGGAAGAGGAAGGGGAAGAAGAAGAGGAGGAUGAGGAGGGGGAGGAGGAGGAGGAGGAGGAAGAAGAAGAAGACGAAGACAUGAUAGAGGAUUAUGAUAAACUAGAGGUAGAAGAGGAAGAUGAGUAUGAUGUAGUUAUCCAGGAUUAGUUCAUCUUUACAGAUUCACCUUAAGCACCAUAACCACCACAGCUCAUUGUAUUGAUUAUGGUGCUAGGAGACCAAAAUGGUUUAACAGAAAACAGGGGAAAGACUCCUAGCACCUUUCCCACGACAAUAUCCUGUUGUGGUUAAGGUGCUUAGAGUGUGCCUUUUACUUAUCUCAAUAUAUUUUUAUAUAUACAGUGCCACAGUAGAAGUUGUUUGGUAAGUGCAAAUAAUUACUUCCUAUGCAUAGGAUAUUUUUUAGUAAAACCAUAAAAUAAAAAAGGCAAAAGGAAAUAUGCCUUAAAUGUAGUGUUUACUACUUGUGAUAAUAAUAAGAUUCUGCUUUAUUUCUACCAAAAUUACAGUUUAAGUCAUGCAUCUGAUAUAACUGAAAUUCUCACAGAGGCUGUUCAUCAUUUCAUGUGAAAUGCACAUUGAAAUUAGCAAAGUAAGGUAAAUGCUUAUUUUAUCAGUAAAGUAAACAGCCAAGAAGAUCGCAUCCCUUUCUGGAGAAAUAAUUUUACAUGCAGGUGUGAUAAACAUUUACAAUGAUGUCACACAAAUGUUAAAAAAGCAAUGUUGCCACGGUUAAUGCUGCAGAUAUUACUAUCCCCCCCAUAAAUCGGCUGUAUCCUAGACAAUUACUGGUUGAGGUUUCAAAUUUGAGUAGACAUGGUUUAUUGAUGGCAUCAGUGAAAUGUGAGUACUAAUUAAUUCAUACAAGCAAAUUAAUGCUGUAAAAUACAUGUAGAUGCACUGCAGAACCUUAAAUUAACAAAUUAUUUCUAGCAAGGCCGCUCAGGCACUCUUCCUUUUGAGGUUGAUAAAAUAGUACUAUCAAAAGUGUGUAUUAUAAAAACCGUGUAAACUGCAAUUUUGCAGCUUAAAGUAGCAUUCUGAGCAGCCUGACCACUACAGCCUGCUGGCUGUAGUGAUUAUGGUGCUUAGAUUUAUCCUUUAAAUAUUUUGGAAGGACUUUAGAAUUGCUUAGUACCAAUGAUUUUCAUUGCAGUUUCAAAAACCACAAGGCCUAAAUAGGACAGAAGAUCCUAUUCUGUAACACAUGCACGACAACAUAGUAGGAGGGUCCCAAUUACCUCUAAAUUAGUAAAUUACCAAUAUUAAACGGAACUUAGUUUCAGUUGUGAACCAACCGGGAUAUUUGUUUAUUUGAAAAAUUAUGCUACAACAAUUAAAAAACAAACACAGAUCUGUAUAGUACACGAAUUCCUCUUUCUGUAUUCUGGAUUGAAUGUGUUUUACAUCUGGUACAUUCAUAAGAAUGUCACGUUUCAAUAUAUCUUUUAUUGACCUAUAUUACUUGACUUUUUUUGAAGAAUGAAGCUACAGCUAUAAUUUCUCGCCACAAAACUCCAGGUGACUUCUAUCUUCCAUAUCAUUGCAUUUAAAAUUAUUAUUAUUAUUUUUUUUUUUUUUUGUUACACCAUGCCCAACUUUAAAGUAAGUACCUUAGUUUCCAACCUGUGGCAGGGCUUAUAUACUCAAGCCCAGGAAUGGUACAGAUGUCUAAACGACUCAGACUGCUUGUGAUAUUGUUAAACCUAUGGAUGGGCAAUCUUGGGCAGAUGAGCAGCAGUGGACUUCGUCGUCCAUUUCAACCAAAAUCUUAUCGAUCUAUAAAACAGUCAUAGCAUACACUAGCAAACAUUAUCUGAUCCAACUUCCUUGUAUUUUGCUUUUGUAAUAUUACUUCCUAUUUGUCAUUCAGACUGUUUUUAUGUUUAAUUUAUAUUAGAUUAGUAAAUGAAAGUUUAUGGAAAUGUAAAUUGGGUUCCUUAUGUACAGAUUAUGCUAAAGUUCAAUAUAUUUGUUUUGGAUUUGUAUGUGAAUGCUUAUUUUGCAGCAUUGUCUUAGACAGUGGAAUAUAACCACUUUUUAUAAAAGAACACUUUGCUGUCACUAUUUUAAAUGGACACAACUUCAUAAAGUACAAAAGCUAUGUAUUUGUAUAUAAAACCGUGCACGCAGGGGUGUGGAUUUUUUUUUCUACUUGUAAAAGGGACUAAAGUGGUAGUCCAAGCUAUUUGUCUGUCAUACCAGUCUACCUGUCUCGAUGCAAAAAACAAUUUCAGAUUGUGGCUGUUGCUUCACUAAACUAAGAAUUCUCAUGAAUGAAAUCCUAAUGGAAAAACUGAGGAGGAAAUUGCUUAUCUGGAAAAAAUUGUAUAGUCUCAAAUCCUGCCACCCCCUCCCAUUUGGACUUUUGUGAAUAACCCUGUGCCCUCCUGUAGGCUCUUCCUAUGUUGUCCUUCCGAUAGUGUAAUGUGUGUUGGCACUGUGUACGGAUGUUUUGUGUGUUGCCAGUUAUUUGUGGACCAAUGAGCCAAAAAGGUAUUUUAGAGACAAGCCAUUUACCAUGUAGUCACUGAUAGCGAAUCUAUGCCACAUUGAGGUCUCUCUGCUGGCACACCAAAGGUUUGCGAUGUCUCAUGUACUCAGGGCUAGCGCUCCAUCCGCUUGGCGCAGACCGUAUUAAUUCCUACCUUGCGGUUUCAGUGCUCAGUGAGAGGGAACCAGUGUGCUGCCACUUGGAUUCCCAACAUGUACUCUAACUGAGCACUGGACUGAAAGGAGAGGUUGAUAUUGUCUACACCAGACGGAGUGGCUAAACAUGCUGGUCAACCAGAGAUUUACCACUACACCCCACUGGACCACAAGGGAGUCAUUACCUCCCACUGGAACAACCAGGUAUUUAUUAUUAACCCCCAUUAAACCAUUUUGGAAAAAUAGUCUCGUUUCUAUUUUAAAAAUUGUAUUAAUGCAGUUAAAUUAAAAUAACCACUCCGCUCAUAUAUCAUAAAUUGCUUUACUUCUGUUUUCAUGUUUAACGCUUUAGCUUGCUGAAAUGCUUUAUGCGCAAAGUGUGUAUCCUCUUUUUUUCUAUGUUAGAAAAAGUGCAGAUUUCAAUAGAAAUUGGCACAUUUAUAAUUUAACCUUGUUACACCUCCUUAUUGUCAAUCCGAUAACGUGUCCUGUUACUUCAUGUUUUUUUAGCUCGAUGAAGCUCAACUCAAAAGGCAGGUAAUUGCACACAGCCUUGCUGUUCUUUGAGCUGAAUUGGAAAGUCUGUGAUUGGACAUCCACAGAAAGACUGGGCUGGGAAAGAAGUUGUGAAAAAUGCAGCAAAACUUGACUGCAUUCAAUUUGGGUAUAUCUACUAAGUUUUUAAUUUAAAAAAAUGUGGAUUUGAUUUGCAAUUUGGGUACUUGGACUCCUAAAGUUUCACCAUCACUAAUCUAGACUUACAUUGCAGGACAGCAACUACAAAGUCCCGAGAUCAUCAAAUAUGCAGAUACUCUCAUUGAUGUCUCAUAAUGAAUAUAUUUCCUAGCAUUCUAAAAUUGUUUGUCUGUCUGUCAUGUGUGUUGGUGUGGUGUUUGUUAGCUGUGUGUUGAUGUGGUGUGUGCGUGUGUGUGCUGCCCCCCUUCCUCUAUGUUGAAAGCUUAGCAGGAGGGUGCAAAACAGAAUGCUCACAUCCACACACAUUGUGUGCUACGGUCCCUGGUAGUCAAUUGGGAGUUAAAGUUCCUGGUGGUCAAGUGUUGGGAGCAUUUGGUCUUCCCUUACGACAGGUGCAGACCACAGUAAUCACUCCCUUGUGGUCCAGCAUUCAGUAAGAGUACAGCCACCCACUUCCCAGCCUGCUCUCUGAUUCUUUAGUACCAGACUGCAAUGGAGCUUUUACUGUUAUCUCCCCCCUUCACACCAAGGUGCAGACCACAUGCUCUUUGCAUCAGACCAAGCAAUCCAGUUUCAUUUCCAAACGUGGCUGCAUGUCCCAGGUGUCAGGCGAUAAAAAUUCCACACCCCUGGUAAGUAGCCAUCAACAUAAAGUAUACACAACAAAGGCAUCUGUAUCUAUUACAUUCAACUUACAUUAUUUUCAGUUGUGUAAACUGAUACUGUACCAGUGUAUUCAGGAAAUCUAGUUUAUUAUAUAUUUCUUGUCAAAAGGAACCUAUUUUAUUUUUAUAAUAUAUUUUUAAUAAAACCAUCUUUUGUCAGACUGCUUUUUUCAUACUCCUCUAGAGGUCACUAGAUCACCAUCAUAUUUCUUUUCCAAUAUUACAUUGGGGAAGUAACGCACAGCCGAAUACUUGCAGGGUUAUUUACUAAAGUUCAAAUAACCCUAUUGCAAAUGGGGCAAAAGUAUUUGCUACAGGAUGGUGCCAUUGUCUGCAAAAUCCAGACAUUUGUCACAAUAUGUAACAAUGUUGAAUGGUCGGAGCAGACUCAAAAUUAACCUGGAUUUGACCAGAUCAGAAGAUAGACUGCUGAAAUCUUUAGCCUGAACGAAUUGCCAGCUGGCAGCACAAGCAGCCAGUGGGCAAAUCGUAAAUAAAAAUCUCAGCAGUAUGUUGAUUAAUCAUGCUGCUAGGCAGCCACCAUAUUAAUUAGUAAAACCCCAAAACCUCUGAAAAUAUCUGAUUCCGAUCCGGUCCCCUACCAGAGAUAUUCAACUCAAAACUGAGGAGAAUUGUUAAUAAAGUUGCACGUUAUUGUAACCAUAGAAAAUAAAUUGGAGAAGUCGAUUAAGUAAACUUAAUCUAAAAAAAAAACAUUUUGAACCAAGCUUGAACCCUUCUUAUUAUAAAUUGACCCAAAUGUGAAACAAUCUGGAGUAUUACAUUAAAGGACCACUCUAGGCACCCAGACCACUUCAGCUUAAUGAAGUGGUCUGGGUGCCUGGUCCAGCUAGGGUUAACCCAUUUUUUCAUAAACAUAGCAGUUUCAGAGAAACUGCUAUGUUUAUGAAUGGGUUAAGCCUUCCCCAAUUCCCUCUAGUGGCUGUCUCAUUGACAGCCACUAGAGGCGCUUGCGUGCUUCUCACUGUGAUUUUCACAGUGAGAGCAUGCCAGCGUCCAUAGGAAAGCAUUAUGAAUGCUUUCCUAUGUGACCGGCUGAAUGCGCGCGCAGCUCUUGCCGCGCGUGCGCAUUCAGCCGACGGGGAGGAGAGAAGGAGGAUCGGAGGAGGAGAGCUCCCUGCCCAGCGCUGGAAAAAGGUAAGUUUUAACCCCUUUCCAGAGCCGGGCGGGAGGGGGACCCUGAGGGUGGGGGCACCCUCGGCACUAUAGUGCCAGGAAAACGAGUAUGUUUUCCUGGCACUACAGUGGUCCUUUAAGACUUAAUUUCUAACCCUAAGGAACACGAAUGUGCAAAAUGUUUAUAUGUACUUCUUUAUUGUAAUGUGCUCUAGAGAUUAGUGUUUGGUUCACAUACCUAGGACCAUGUUGAGCUGAGAUAUUGAGGUUUCUGUAAACAUCUGUGUAACCAAAAUUUGCAAUGCACUAUGACACAAAGAUGGCCUCUGUGGUUAAACCAAUUGAAAUAAAACAAAAAAAACUGGUAGUUUUGUAAUACCAAUACAUAGAGAUAAUGAAUUAAAAAAAGUUGGGAAUUUUAAAAACGGUUAAGCGAGCUAUGCUGGAUCUCUUGAGAUGGAUUAACCCCAGACCAACUGCCUCCUGCUGAUUUUUGUAGGUUUGAUUGGAUUGGACGAAUUCUGUCCAGAAUUAGAUGUAGUAAAUAUGAGAAAUGCCAUUACGGUUGGAAAUUGACCAUCUUCACUAGAUUUAUCCAUACAGACAAAAUCCAGUUUUCAGGAACUAGCCCUGUUAGUUUCUUCUGAAACCCCAUGUAUUCUUACCACAACACUAAUCAUGAAAUAAAAUCGUGAAAAAAAUUAAGAAAAACUGAUAUUUCAUAAUUUUGCUCAUAAUAACUUCUACAUAACUAGUAAAUAACUCAAUAUAAAUCCAAUUAUUAGUCCUGAUUUUGGAAAGGCCUCAUUAAUUUUUGGAAGCAAUAAGACAAAUAUAGUAAAAGAUUUACAGUUUAUGGACUAAACGUUUGCCAAAUUUGGCAAGCAACAUAUGACUUUCAUACCAGUUGCAGACUCCAUAAUCACUGCACAAAAGUAUAUAUUUGUAGAAAGUAAAUCCUUCAAUGUACUUAAUAUAAGGAUAUGAAAUAGUUAACUGUUUUUGUUUUAUAUGCUUUAAAAUAAUGUUUGAAAAAAUUAUGCUGACCUUGGCAGAUGUAUUCUGUAACAUGCUUUGAGAGGCCUCCCUUCUACAGGAUGUAUGACCUCGCUCGACCUCAGGAUGUUCCUGUCUCGUCUUUAUUCAAAUGCUUAUCUUUUAAUGUCAGACAAGUAUGUACUAUUAACUACAAGGAAACGAUAAAUCUCGCUGCUUGCGUGACAAACUGUGUAUAAAUGCUAGCCCUGAAAAUAUACCUACUGAGAACUUGUUAAGCACUCUUUCGUGUCUGUGUCUUAAUUUGCUAAACAAGAACUCCCGUGAAUUGAUCUGGUGACUCGAGAAUUGAGGGGAGUUGAGUCCAGAACAGCAUUAACCCUUUCAGCUUGGUGUUAGAAGUGGGAUCAGCAAAGCCAUUGGGUAAGUAGCCUUUUUGUGUCUUAUUGACGCUGAUUGUCUAUGACCCCCUUUGGUUCAGUAAGUCUGUAUCCAGUACAGUAAGGUGUAAGGACUUUAGUUAUAUUGAGACUGUAAAUAGGUCUCAGGUUUUUACUGGACAGUUGGUCUAGUAUAGGGUUCUUGGUAACCCAGGUUAGUAUCUAAGAUAGAUACAGGGUAUCUCAGGUAAAUAUAGGUUUUGAGACUAUAAAUGAGUCUUCGGUUUAUUAAGACUGUAGGUGUUCUAGGCAACACGGUUUAUAGAUCUAGAAUAACCCAAACUUCUUGUUCCUCUGGUCACCCUGUGUCUGCUUUGUGUUUAUUUUGCUUGUUAAGUAGAGACACACUAUUGGUAAGUAGGUAGUGUCUCUACCCUGAGCCAGAAAUAUGGGAAAUAAUCAGUCUAUUUCUUACCCUUUACCCCACCCAGGGGAGUCAUGUCUAAAUUAUGUUACUAGAAUAGGAGCACAAGGAGGAUUUCUUACAAUCCCCUUUGUGUCAAAUUUAGCAGGAUGGACAGAGACUAUGAAGUCAUCUGAUCCUUUUCCCAGGUGUGGGGCUAAUGAUGAUUUCCAUAUGAAUAUGAUUCGAGGAUUGUGUUUGGGAAGUCAUGGCCGUGGUAUGGUCCUGAUCCAGAUUGGGAUAAGGAAUAUAUGAAAGCAGGAGGUGACAAUUGGUUGCAGAUAGCCCCUCAUUGGUUUCCUUGUAGUGUAACAGGAAAGGUUUUAAAGGGAGCUAAGAAAGACCUGGCUAAGAGAAAGGGAACUGUUGACAGUAAAACCAUCUGCUUUCCCUUAGAAGCCCCUCCUGAAAAUCCAUAUCCACCACCAAUUGUGCCCCCUACCCAGUCAGCCCCCGGCCAUGCCCAACCACAACCCCCACCUCCCUAUAAAGCAAUGUAUCCUGCUGUACCUAAUGCCCCCUCAGAUGAUGAUAUAGAAGAUAUUUGUAUUGCUGCAGCUGUUAAUUCACAAUCACAGCAAUUACAGGAAUCAUCAUCUACACCAGAUUCUGAUAUAGAAUAUCCACCACCACCUCCCGGUACAAUUAAAUUAACAGUACAAACGGGAGUUAAACUUAAAAGUGGCAAGGUGAUGAUGAUGUAGAGAUGCCAGAAUUAGAAGGUGCUGAUCUUACUGCCCCGUUCAUGACUGUUGGUAAUCAGUUAAUAAUGAAACCCAUUAACCCCGGAGUACUCAAGGACAUUAUUCAAGGUGCCCCAAACCCCCGUACUAAUCCCUCUGCAUGCCUAAUUUAUCUGAAAAGAAUGUGCUUAGGACAGAACAUGACACAGAUAGACAUACAGUUAAUUAUAAAUGGAAUAUUAGGGUAUGACUCAGAUUCUGGUUGGGAUUGGUCUAGGGUACCCUCUAUCAGUGAGACAGACAACGGUACUGGAGUUGGAGAGGCUGGUAGUGAUGGUGUUUAUGAGCUUAGUACUUCAGCAGGAUGUGCUAAAAUGUGGGACGAGGUGGAAGCUGAAAUAUUAAGAUUAUGGAAGAAUAAGCAGUCUAUAUCCACUGCUUUGGCAUGUAAGCAAGGUGCAAAGGAAGAGAUUGGUAUUUUUGUAAAGAGAUUUUACAAGUGUUGGAAGGAUGAGGCAGGUUUGAAGUCUGGAGAUGAUAUGGAUCUCCUUAAAAUACAGUCAUGCCUUGGUAAUAUGUUGCCACAGUAUUCUUUGCUUGUGAAACAGUUGAUUUCAGACUGGGCCAAUUUGGGUGGCUCAGAUUUUCUUACUAAGGUUAUAGAGAAGGAAAAUGCAGGUUGUUUUGACUUAAGAAAAGAUCCAGGAAGUAAGGUUGCUUAUUAUGCUCAGGGAUUGCAACACUGUCCACCUACACAGGCCUGAGAGAGAGGAUGGGAUGAAGCACAUAGAGCCCGUGGAAGGGGUGGUCAAAGAUGGGCAAGGGGAUGGAGACAGGGAAAUCAGGGUUAUAGGAGCAGGGGUAACCAAGGAGGAAUAGACCGGAACACUUGUUUCAACUGUGGCCAGCAUGGCCACUGGAGGAAUGAGUGUCCACACCUCAGGAAACCCCAGCUGCCCCAACAACCCCACAAUUCUCAAAAUACACCACUGGCCAGCACUUCCCUCUCCCUCCUCGCUCCAGCAAACCCAAACUGCACUAGGGCCAUUCACAGGUACCACUGACCAGCACACCCAUCACAUCCCAUGGCCCCAAUAGUGCUGCCUUGAAGGUGACACUCCAACUUUUCCACUUUUGUCCUCUACUAAUGAUGAUCAGCCAUUUUGCAUUCUGGUCAUAGAAGGUAGAUCCUUGCCAUUUUUGGUAGAUACUGGAGCUACGUGUUCCAGUCUCUGUGACACCUAUUAUCAGGGGACAAGGGAAAAGUCUACACCUUCAUUGGGUAUUAAUAGAGUGUCAACACCCACUUUUGUCACACCACCACUGUGUUUUCUGUCCUCUUAAUAGUUCUUCUACCGUGCACCCUUUUCGUCUAAUACCUAAAUAUCCUGUUAGUUUGCUGGGAAGGGAUCUUCUAGGUAUUCUGGGAGCUACCAUUACUUGCACACCCUCUGGUGGUAUUGAUGUGUCUAUGUUGUGUUCUGAAACUAUUGAUUUGUCUGAUGUUCCUUCUUCUGUGUGGGCUUCAUCUAAGCUAGAUGUAGGAUUUGUCAACUGCACCCCUUACAAAGCCAAACUAAAACCAGAUGUAACUCCUAUCUACCUUAAACAGUACUCCCUGUCAGAAUCCAAGGUUGAGGGAGUUCGCCCCAUGAUCCAAUCUUUUCUAGAGCAGGAAAUACUAAAGCCAGUAGUCUCCCCGUAUAAUACACCUAUUAAUCCAGUUCCUAAAGGUAAUGGUUAUCGCUUAGUUCAGGACUUUAGAGCCCUGAAUAGUUUAAUUGUGCCCAUUGACCCUGAUGUGACAUCCCUCAUUACAGCCAUUCCACAUGAUGCCACUUGCUUCACUGUCAUUUAUUUAAGUAAUGCAUUUUUUUCUAUACCAAUUGAUCAAGCGACACAGCUACUUAUGGCUUUUACUUUUGAAGGCUGUCAGCAUACCUGGACACGCUUACCCCAAGGCUAUGAGGAUUCCCCAGCCGUUUAUUCGCUGGUACUCCAACAUACUCUAAAAACAUGGACCCCCGGUCAUGGUUCCGUCCUUUUGCAAUAUGUUGAUGAUUUGUUGUUAUGUAGCCCUAGCUAUGAUGCAAGCACUGUGGAUACUGUCAGUUUGCUCAAACACUUAGCAACUGUGGGUCACAAGGUUGCAAAACACAAAAUGCAAUUGUGUAAAUCAAAGGUUGAUUACUUAGGUUUUGUUCUGGCUUCAGGCACCAGACAAUUGAGUACAAAACGUAUUGAGGUCAUUCAGAGGUUUCCUAAACCCACUACUCGGAAGGAGUUGCUCACCUUCCUCAGCAUGAUUAAUUACUGCCGCCAAUGGAUCCCUGAAUGCUCCCAUUAUGACUCAAUCGUAAGGGAGGCUGUACGUUCUGACAGCCCUGAAAAUGUCUGCUGGUCACUAGACAUGCUAGCUGCGUAUAUUGCCCUCAAAGUUGAUAUUGUGCAAGCCCCGGCUUUAGGACUACCUGUUUAUUGUAAACCAUUUCAUUUGUAUGCUCGGUGUGGUGUAUCACCAAACUCUAUAAAUUAUUAUGUACGCAUACACAUAUAAACUCUGGUCCGUCUACUUUAACAAAUAUUUAUUCAGAGACAAAACAACAACAACAUACAAAUAAUGACACACAAUCUAACUAACUAUACCAACAACAACCUAACUAACAAUAACAACUACAUCUUAUAAAAUCCCACUCACAGUUCACCAUGAUAGAAAUUAGGCCAUGUCUGCUUAAAGGACUGCUCAGUAGCACAGCCAAGAAGGAACAGAGAGGAAUGGAGAUAGGGGGAAGUGGUUAUCUCUUUCCUGACUAGUAAAGGUAUUGAAUUACCAAUUAACAUUUCAAAAGGGUAAAGCUUAUCCCACUGUAAGAGCUUGGUCACAUGAUCCCUGGUCACCAUAUUAGUUUGAUGACAGAAUGUCACCACAUUCCCUCACUUUUUUUUUCUCUUAUGUUGAGCACAUUUAAAAGUGAGAGAAUAUAGUCAAACAGGGGUUGCAUCACCCCACAUUCCCCCAAUUUCAAUUGUUUUCAGUUGUUCCGUUUUUAAAUUAACCACUGCCCAAGUGGGUUGGUAAGAACCCUGGUAGUUGUUCAUUAAUAUUAUAUGGUAAUGUGUUCAUGUGAAGUAGUAAUAUCUAGACGCAAUCAACCCCAUACAGUAAUUAUCACUAGUUUAUGACACAAUAUGAUGUUUAAUUUCGCCUGGGACUGGAAUCUGAAGACUGUGACUGAUCUGUGUGCUUGAUAGCUGUGAUUUUAGAAUGAACUCUCCUUGAAUAUUGUCUUUGCCAAUCCAUUACAAAGCUUGAGGUUUGUAGGUUUAAUGACACAUGCAAGUUCAUGAGUGUAGGGUAAACUCUUUCUGUGACCACCUUGAAAUGACACAAAUUCCUGCUUCUUGCUGUUCCUUUACCCCCAUUCUGGGCUGUGUUAAUAGUUUGACUUGGUAAUCUCAGCACUUCUUCAUCUGUAUAGUAUCCAUUUUCGGGAUAAUAGUUUGACGUGUAAUCCCAGCACCUCUUCAUCUGAAUAGUAAUCAUUUUCAGUAUAAUAGUUUGUUUUGGUAAUCCCAACACUUCUUCAUCUGUAUAGUAUCUAUUUUCAGGAUAAUAGUUUGACGUGUAAUCCCAGCACCUCUUCAUCUGAAUAGUAAUCAUUUUCAGGAUAAUAGUUUGUCUUGGUAAUCCCAGCACUUCUUCAUCUGUAUAGUAAACUGUGACAGGACAUGUCAGUUACCUUUGCCUCUCUGGGCCUUCCAAUUAAAAUGUUCUUUGAAUCAAACACAGACAAUGAAAUAUGUACAACAGUAAUCAGCAUAUUGUCUUGUGUCAAAGGCUUAACUAGUUUUGUCUAAUAAAAUCUAUUUGGUUGUGGUGUCUUAAGGCUAUGUUUACAUUUUAGAGGUAUUUAAAAGACCCACAAAUGUCUCCUGAAAUUUUGAUUAAUUUAGACAUUUACUCCACACCUGAUGGAGAGUUGAACACAAAACCAUAUUAGUUAUUUUAUAAUUUACUGAUGAAUACAUGCAAUAAUCACAAAAUGUACAUAGUUUAAACCGAACAUUAUUAUACAUGAACGUGAGUGGGAAAGAUGUAAGGGUGAAAAAUGUAUUCGCAAUUGAACGUAGGUGCAAAUUCUCAUACCCAUAACUAUUUAACCCCCUGCGGAUAGCUAAAUAGAACAAAUAGCAUACAUUUUCACUUUAUUAUUUAUGCCAUCUUCACUCAAAGCAAUCUAAUUUCCCUAUAUUCUUAAAAUUCCCAACCAUAUAACAAUCUAACAUAGGCACCUUUACCUCAAAUACAAACUGUUCAUUCUCUAUUAAACACACAGUGUAAAAAUUUAAAUUUUAGCCUGGCUAAACAAUAGCCACCACACUGUAUUAGCCCCAAUACCUUUAUCAUGUAAACACAAUGCUCCUACCCAGAAUUCAAUGGUUCAAACAGACAAAAGAUAACCCACCAAAAAAAAAACAGUUUGCUAUUUAAACUUAGAAUGCAGGGAAGCCACAAAAUGUACAAAAUGUAACAUCUAAAAACAAUUACAAUAUAUUCAGUUUAGUUCUAGUUAGAUGCAACAGGAGAGAGAGACAAUACAGCACAUGGGCUAUUAAAAAUGGCCGAAACAUCAAUAGUACCAAUGCAGUGCAACUAUUCAAUCUUCCCCUUUAACCCCUUAAGGACGGAGCCAAAUGUACACGUUGUGAACAAAACAAAAUGUAAACAAAACCUGGCAUUUGCGCUACAUGUCUGUCCAACCGUAAUACACCUCUUUCAUAGUAAAUGCACCCACCCUUAUUAUAUAUAUCAUUUUAUUCAGGGGAAACAGGGCUUUCAUUUAAUAUCAAAUAUUUAGCUAUGAAACAUAAUUUAAUAUGAAAAAAUGGGAGAAAAUACGAUUUUAUUGGAUUUUUUUAGUUCUACAUGACAAUUAAACGGUCAGUGUCAUAAUACUGUUUGCUUUUACUGCAAUAAAAUACACAUAUUUGUAUUCAGCAAAGUCUCACGUGUAAAACAGUACCCCCUAUGUACAGGUUUUAUGGCGUUUUGGAAGUUACAGGGUCAAAUAUAGCACGUUACAUUUGAAAUUGAAAUUCGCCAGAUUGGUUACGUUGCCUUUGAGACUGUAUAGUAGCCCGGGAAUGAAAUUUACACCCAUAAUGGCAUACCAUUUGCAAUAGUAGACAACCCAAGGUAUUGCAAAUGGGGUAUGUCCAGUCUUUUUUAGUAGCCAUUUGGUCACAAACACUGGCCAAAGUUAGCGUUAGUAUUUGUUUGUGUGUGAAAAUGCAAAAAAUGCCAAUUUUGGCCAGUGUUUGUGACUAAGUGGCUACUAAAAAAGACUGGACAUACCCCGUUUGCAAUACCUUGGGUUGUCUACUAUUGCAAAUGGUAUGCCAUCAUAGGGGUAAUUUUCAUUCUUGGGCUACCAUAGGGUCUCAAAAGCACCGUAACCAAUCUGGCAAAUUUUAAAGUGAAAAAAAUGAAACGCAAGUCUUAUAUUUGACGCUGUAACUUUUGAAAACACCAUAAAACCUGUACAUGAGGGGUACUGUUGUACUCGGGAGACUUCACUGAACACAAAUAUUUGUGUCUCAAAACAGUAAAAAGUAUCAUAGCAAUAAUAUUGUCCGUUUAAUGCUGUUUGUGCGUGAAAAAUGCAAAAAACGUCACUUUUACUGGCGAUAUCAUCGUUGUAAUACAUUUUACUGUUUUGAAACACUAAUAUUUGUGUUCAGCGAAGUCUCCCGAGUAGAACAGUACCCCCCAUGUACAGGUUUUAUGGUGUCUCGGAAAGUUAUAGGGUUAAAUAUAGUGCUAGCAAAUUAAAUUCCCUUUACUUUCGGCAUGGGUUGUCAUGCAGGUCCUGCUAAUUGUAAUUAAUUAAGAUACCUAAUUAUGUAAAAAUAUUACAUAAAUAUAUAUGUAGAAUCAAUAUAUGUAUAUAUAUACGUAUGUGUAUAUAUAUGUAUAUAUCUAUAUAAUUUUUUAAAAAUAUUUUUAUUUAUAUAUAGGUAUAUAUAUAGUGAUAUAUACGUAUAUAUUUAUGUGUAUAAAUAUAUAUAUUAUUUCGUUCUAUGUGUAUUUUGAUAUAUAUAUAUAUAUAUUAAUUUCACAAUACAGUUAGAACGAAAUAACACACAUCUAUAUAUUUUUUAAUUAUUUAUUUUUAAUUAUUUUUGUAAUUUUAUUUUUUAACGUAUUUACAUUUUAAUUUUUUUUAUAAUAUAUAUAAAUAUAUAUAUAACAAUAAUUAUAUAUAUAUUUAAUCAGUAUCAGUGUACGUGUAAUUUGAUAUUAAUAUAUAUAUAUAAUUAUAUAUAUAUUAAUAGUAAAAUACACCUAGACGGUGUACAUGUGUGUAUGUAUAUGUGUAUAUAUAUACUUUGAUCAUAUAUAUAUAAUAUAUAUAUAUGAUCUAAGUAUAUAUUAUUUAUUUUUUUACACUAUUUAUUUAUUUUAUUUUAUUUUCAGCCAGCAGGGGGACCACCUGUCAUUACAGGCAGCCCCCUGCUGGCAAUACAGAAGCCAGCUAUCCCCGGCCAUGUGAUUGUGGGGUCCUCGCUAGGACCCCACUCUCACACGGCCGGGGGGCUUCCUGGAGGACGGUCGUGCCGCGGGGGGCUCCCUGGGAGUCCCCCCCACCGCGAUCGCCGGCGUGGGACCGCCGGCGACCGGGUAAGUACAGAAAGACCGGAGGGCGUACUAUUACGCCCGGCGGCGUUUAGAGCCGCCUAUUAGAGGACGUAAUAGUACGCCCUCCGGUCUUAAGGGGUUAAUCACCAAUACUUUAAAACUGUGUAUAAACAAAAUUAAACUAUAAAUGCUACAAUUUGCAACAAAAUACGUUCUGUCAGUCAUAAUGCACAAACAUUAUGCUCCUAUCCUGAAUUCAAUGAUUCAAACAGACAAAAGAUAACAACAAAAAACGUUUGCUAUUUUAACUUAGAAUGCAGUGAAGCCCCACAAUUUAACACCUAAGAAAACAAUUAAAAUAGAUUAAGUUUCAUUCUAGUUAGUUGCAACAAGAGAGACAAUACAGCACAUGGGCAAUUAAAAAUGGCCAAAACAUCAAAGGUUCCAAUGCUAUUCAAUUUUCCCCUUUUAUCACCAAUACUUUAAAACUGUACAGAAACAAAGUUAAACCUAUAAAUGCUACAAUUUGCAUCAAAAUAUGGUCUGUCAGUCACAAUACACAAAUUCAAAACAGUCAACCAAACAAAUGUGUAUAUUUGUUUCAACAAAAUGAAUCCUAUGCUAUAUAGUCUCUUUCUCUUAGAUUAUGUAUCAAUAUGGUAGUUAUUGCGCCUCACAAACAUUUGUUGUAGAAGUCUAAAAUUCGUGGUCGCCAAAUGUGGUGUAUCACCAAACUCUAUAAAUUAUUAUGUACGCAUACACAUAUAAACUCUGGUCCGUCUACUUUAACAAAUAUUUAUUCAGAGACAAAACAACAACAACAUACAAAUAAUGACACACAAUCUAACUAACUAUACCAACAACAACCUAACUAACAAUAACAACUACAUCUUAUAAAAUCCCACUCACAGUUCACCAUGAUAGAAAUUAGGCCAUGUCUGCUUAAAGGACUGCUCAGUAGCACAGCCAAGAAGGAACAGAGAGGAAUGGAGAUAGGGGGAAGUGGUUAUCUCUUUCCUGACUAGUAAAGGUAUUGAAUUACCAAUUAACAUUUCAAAAGGGUAAAGCUUAUCCCACUGUAAGAGCUUGGUCACAUGAUCCCUGGUCACCAUAUUAGUUUGAUGACAGAAUGUCACCACACUCGGGACAACUGUAAAACCAUGGCCGCGGUCUGUGCACAAGCCGCGGUCUGUCCCAUAGCAUUCUUUUCCAAAGUAGUUCCAGCUCCGGUACAGGGUAUGCCGGCGUGUCUCAGAGCAUUGGCAGCAUGUGCAAUGGCUGUUGAGACUGCUACUACUAUCACACUAGGGCAUCCUACAAUACUCCAUACCAGUCACCAGGUCACUCAGCUUAUAAAAAAUCUCACCACACAACACAUGACAGCCCAGCGCUUAAGUGGUUAUGAGAUUCUUCUUCUUAAUACCCAGAAUCUGUCUAUAGUCCUGUUAAUUCUGGUCCUAUGUCUGUUUUGCAUGCUAUUUUCACUUCUGCAUCUGACUCUGUGUCUAUACCAUCUGAGCCUCAUAAUUGCAUUGAACAAAUACAUAUUGGCACAUCUCCCAGAGCAGACCUCUCCUCCACAGCACUCAGUGGCCCGGAUGUGACCACUGUCUUUGUGGAUGGCUCUUGCUCCAGACCAAAUGACGGUACUUACCUCACAGGCUAUGCCGUGGUACAGUUACCUGAUAAAAUCAUUGAAGCUGACACUAUUUUCCAGCCGUCUGCACAAGCUGCAGAACUCAUUGCUCUCACACGUGCCUGUCAGCUUUUCUCAGGACAGAGAAUGAACAUUUACACAGACUCAUGAUAUGCUCAUGGGGUAGUGCAUGAUUUUGGUGUGAUUUGGAAACAAAGAGGCUUUGUAGGAGCCGAUGGAAAAGCCAUUUCACACACAAAUCUCAUCCAAUCACUCCUAGAUGCUAUCCUACUCCCAUCUGAAGUAGCUGUUAUCUACUGCAAGGCACACACUCUGGGUAGUGAUGACAUUUCCAGAGGUAAUGCCUUGACUGACAAAGUGACAAAAGAAAUUGCAGCCAAGACUCUUUACUAUGAAAUGUUUCCUGCUAUGCUCACACCUCCCACAUGCCCUACUGACAGUUUGCUUUUGCAGCUCCAAGCCUUUGCAACGCAAUCUGACUUUGAUUUUUGGAUUAAACAAGGUUUAGAGAAAGAUCAGCAUGAUCUUUUCUCUAAAGAGGGGAAGAUAGGCAUAACUGAAGCCAGCUGUUUUAUCUUCAUCAGUCAGGCACAUGGUCCUGGCCACAAAAGCAUAGCAAGUACCAUCCAAUUCCUCAUGAAUUCAUUUUAUAUUAGGAAUCUCAGGCAGCAUGUACAGUCUUUUGUAAGAUCGUGUGAACCAUGUAUGAGAACACGUCCUAAUAUUCCACAUUUGCCCCCUCCAGCUGCUCCUUUUACACACUUACAGAUUGAUUUUACUCAUGUACCAAAAAUUGGUAAGCAACAGCAAUACUUACUGGUCAUAGCUGAUCAGUUUAGUAGAUGGCCCGAGGCCUUUGUGACAUCUAGGGAAGAUGCUAGGACUGUAGUGAAGAUUCUUGCUACUGAAAUUAUUCCCAGGUAUGGCUGCCCACUGCAGAUUAACUCUGAUAAUGGCCUGGCUUUUGCCUGUAAGGUUACCCAGGAACUUGCUAAAUUCUUGCAAGUUACCUGGAAGUUUCAUAUACCCUAUCAUCCACAGAGUUCAGGAGUAGUUGAAAGGAUGAAUAGGACCAUUAAGGAGAAGCUUAUGAACACUACUGCAGGAACAUGGGUAAAUUGGACAAAAUAUCUUCCAGCUAUUUUAGCUGAGAUAAGAAUGACUCCUCACAAGGUGACUAAAUUAUCUCCAUUUGAGAUUCUGAUGGGACGACCUUUUCCCACACCCUGGGCCAGGGAACCGCUUGUUAUUAUGUCUGGGGAUUUACAGCUAAUACAAGAACAAUAUGUACAGGAAUUUAUGGAAGGUAAAAGGAAUGGUUAAAAAACCAAAACCGAUCUAUAGGUGGAGCGCUCCAAGUGAGUUGACUCACCCCACUCUUGGUCUAUGUAAGAUGACCUGUACGUGGGGAUGAAAUAAACAAUAAUAUGGUGUAGUAUAUUAUAAGUAAUACUGGAGAAAGUGAUGAGGAAUAUAGAACCACUCACAUGGUUUGGGGUCACACGGAACCUUUAUGUAGACAAGGAUCUCUUUGUACCUUUAACGGAUGGAAACCAAAUAUAGUGCAGUAUAUCGAUAUAGGUGUAAUUGCCAAGAAAAUGCUGAAAGUUGCUCACCUGAUUCAGAGCCUAAAUCCUGGCUCUGAAUAUAUAAAUGUAUGUGUCAGAAAGGGGACACAAAACCCUUUUAGAUGAAUAGCAGGAACACAGGAUGCUGGUAUCCACAGUGGAUUAUAAGGUAAACAAUUUAUUGUAAAAUAUAAGGUAUAUAUAACAAAAAUAAAAACUAUAUAAAAAUACAGUAAUAAAAAGAAAGUCCUUAAUCCUGUUGAUCCUCCGAGACGCGUUUCGCCCAGCGGCUUUUUCAAUCGGUAUCAUCAUCUGUGUUCCGGUUUUCCUUUUAUAUCUUCAAUUCACGCUUGAUAGAAGACUUCCUUAAUUGCGGAUGGUUGGCGGCUGUGUCGCGUAACGUCAUUUCCGCUUGCAUCAUCAUCCAGAGCGGUCGCAUUUCUAUUAGUUCAUACAUAUGUAAGUCUUUGGUCGCCAUCUUAUUUAAGGGCGAGAUGCGAUCUCUGUAUGCACAUAAAGAGUCUCUCACGUAGAGACAUCAUAGAAGAUGAGGGCAAACGAAUAUAAAUAGAAAAUUCAUGAGACAUUGAUACAUAAUGCGGUUUAUAACAAUAUUUAAAUAAACUUAUUUCAUAUAACAAUAUAAUUUGUAUUUUUAUCUUUUCGUUAACAAUUAUAUUAAAAAUACGACACUUCAAUGUUUAUAAAAUUUAGGCAUAAGACAAAUCACCCUUAUAUCUUAAUUUUCUGACAUAUAGUAUUGUUAAAUACCUAUUAAGUGUCUUUGUUUUUAAAAAGGGGAUUUCACCUGGGGAAUCACUAGUAAAAACGAAAUACACUUCAUCCUAUGAAUAUAAUGUAUAUGUAGUCCUAAAACAGAAUGUUUAAAUGUGUAUAAAUCUCUCUUAAAGGGAUAGACAGUAUUUAAUCUAUAUGUCAUAGAUAAGGUAGACUAUUUAAAAUCUAAUAUGCAUAUAUAUCUAUAUCUCGAGAUAAUGAUAGCCUACAAUAACAGGCCGUUUCUACAUUCCUCUUAAAGAGAUAGAGUUUGUUAAAUAAAAUAAAACUAAAAGAAGCUAAUUCCUGCAUUGAUAUACAUAUGUAUCGAUCUAUGUAUCUUAUAGAUAAUGAUAUUAAUGUGGCCCAUGCCUAUCUCUCCACACUUAAAAUACCAUUAUAGUGACAGAUAAAAUGUAUAAACAUAUAUUGUGGGAUUAAUUAUAAUAGUAUAUGUUGAAAUACAUAGUCUUGAAAAAUCCUUAUUUCUUGUACGGAAAAUAUAUUUCUAUCAUCACAUGCCAGUGAAUAAAAGAUAAAAAACAAAUUCCUGUCAGGUUACCUGUAAAUUAUGCCUCUGAGGAGGUCAGUCUCUCUUCAUAGGGGCUCCCCUCCCCAAGCAUUUCGGCAUUUUCUGGCCGUUUUUCCGCCGGCCGCGCUAGCUCCUCCCCCUUUUUUGACGCGACGGCUAGCAUCAACGUCAUGACGUCAUCAUUACGUGAAGCGCCGGGAACCGCAAUCCCGGACCUUUUGGGGGCGUGGUCUCAAUUAAGGUGACAGGGUAUUUAAGGGAAACUUUUACUACUGCUCAUUGCCCUGUCGUGGUUCUAGCUUGCUAGUCACUCAGCGCGUUCUCUCUCUUUGUGUUUUCGGUUUUGACCUUGCUUGUACCUUGUCCUGCUGCUCUCUCCUCUCCUUUGACUCAGCUUCUUCCUCGCUUACCUGUCCUCCGGCUCCCUCGACCUCGGCUUACCUUUUGACCAUUCUUGUUUUGUCUAUACGUUAGUCCGGCCAUUCUAAGGUCCGGUAUACGUACCUCCUUCUGUCCGCACUCUGCGUAUUGGAUCCCUGUCCCGAUCCUGACAUUACGACAGGGCCUGGACGGAUUGCUAUCAUCGAAGGAAAAAUUAGUUCCCAAGUUUAUCAAGACAUUUUGCAGGAGAACUUAAGGCCAUCUGUCUACCAGCUGAAGCUCAACAGAAAAUGGGUGUUGCAACAGGACAAUGACCUGUAUGCUGUAUUCUGUAUUAAUAUAGAGCUCUGUGAUACACUCUUUCACAUUGUAACUGUAUGCUGUAUUAAUAUAGAGCUCUGUGAUACACUCAUUCACACUGUAACUGUAUGCUGUAUUAGUAUAGAACUCUGUGAUACACUCAUUCACAUUGUAACUGUAGUCUUUACUAUAGAGCUCUGUGUUACACUGUCAGGAUCGGGACAGGGAUCCAAUACGCAGAGUGCGGACAGAAGGAGGUACGUAUACCGGACCUUAGAAUGGCCGGACUAACGUAUAGACAAAACAAGAAUGGUCAAAAGGUAAGCCGAGGUCGAGGGAGCCAGAGGACAGGUAAGCGAGGAACAAGCCGAGUCAAAGGAGAGGAGAGAGCAGCAGGACAAGGUACAAGCAAGGUCAAAACCGAAAACACAAAGAGAGAGAACGCGCUGAGUGACUAGCAAGCUAGAACCACGACAGGGCAAUGAGCAGUAGUAAAAGUUUCCCUUAAAUACCCUGUCACCUUAAUUGAGACCACGCCCCCAAAAGGUCCGGGAUUGCGGUUCCCGGCGCUUCACGUAAUGAUGACGUCAUGACGUCGAUGCUAGCUGUCGCGUCAAAAAAGGGGGAGGAGCUAGCGUGGCCGGCAGAAAAACGGCCAGAAAAUGCCGAAAUGCUUGGGGAGGGGAGCCCCUAUGAAGAGAGACUGACCUCCUCAGAGGCAUAAUUUACAGGUAACCUGACAAUUCCAUCACAGGAAAUGACAAAGUUCGAAGUCAUUGUUCAGUCCGUGAGGUAACAUAGUAUUUAAGUUGAAAAUCCACCUAAUUUCCAUUUGGCCCAAAGAUUGUAUUAGGUCCCCACCUCUCCAGUUUUGAGUAAAUUUUUGUAUCCCCAUAAAUUGGGCGAAUUCAGGAUUCUUGUGAUGGAAUUUUAAGAAAUGGAGAGAAAGACUGUGUUUUUCAAAACCAUUUUUGAUGUUUCUAAUGUGUUCUUGUAUACGUACAUGAAGGGGACGGAUAGUCCGUCCCACGUAUACAAGACCACAAGGACACGUGAUGGUAUAUAUUACCUUCUUAGAGUAACAUGUAAUUAAUUCAUUUAUUUUAAACCUCUGUUCCAGAUGUGUAAAGGAUGUUAUAUGUCUUUUUUUAUUAUUAGUGUUUUUGCAAGCUGUGCAGUUACCACAGCCAAAGAAACCUUUCGUAUUAUUCAGAAAGUUAAGCUCUUUUUUUGUUUUAAUGUGAUUAUGUACUAAAGUUCUAUUUAAACUCGGAACCCCUCUAUAGACUACAGUGGGUCUAUCUGGGAGUAUGGAGUUUAAUAUAUGGUCAUUUUUGAGAAUAUGCCAAUAUCUAUUCAGAAUUCUUUUAACUUGUUUGCUUUUACAAUUAAAAUCGCAUAUAAAUACAGGAUCUUUUUUGUUUAGGUCGUCAUUCUUCUCCUUAUAUGUUAAUAGUGACGACCUUUCUUUCGAUUUCACUUCUACAUAUGCUUUACUUAAUAAUGGUUCUUCAUAUCCUUUAUCCCUGAAAUUUUGUAGAAUAGUAGAUGCUUGAUCUUGAAAGGUUUGAUCGUUAGUGCAAUUGCGUUUUACUCUAAGCAGUUGGGCCUUUGGGGCAUUCAGAAGCCAAGGGGAAAAAUGGCAACUAUUCUGAUGUAUAUAGCUGUUGACGUCUGUUUUCUUAAAAAAAGUGUUAGUUUUUAAUAAUCCAUCUUCUACAUAUAUAUUUAAAUCUAGGAAAUGUACCUGAGGUUUACUGAAGUUGGUAGUUAGCUUUAUUCCCCAAUCGUUAGAUUCCAGGUGGGAUAGAAAAGUUAGAAGUGACUCUUCAUCUCCUCUCCAAAUAAAAAAUAGAUCAUCAAUGUAUCUGCGAUAGGUCACGAGGUUCGACUCCCAUCUAUCAUCACUAUAGAUGAAUUGAUGUUCCCAAUGGGACAUAAAAAGAUUAGCAUAGCUGGGAGCGAACCUCGUGCCCAUCGCAGUACCACACAGUUGGAGAUAAAAAUUAUCCCCAAACCAAAAAUAGUUAUUACGGAGUAUCCAAUCUAUGCCACUGAUUAUAAAGUCUAUCUGUUCUUGAUGAAAUUUUUGUGAACGUUCUAGAAAUGUUUUAGUUGCUAGACAUCCCCUUUCGUGGGAAAUUAUAGUGUAUAAAGAUGUUACAUCGGACGUCACUAAAUAAAAGUCAUCCUGCCAUUCAAUGUUUGUGAGGACCUGUAGAAUACUAAUGGUAUCUUUUAAAUAACUAGGGCAUUGUUGUACAAUGGAUUGUAAAUUUCUAUCGAUAUAUUGUGAUAGUCGACUUGAGAUGGAUCCUAUCCCAGAUAUUAUGGGUCUCCCUGGUGGAUUUGUUUUAUCUUUAUGUAUUUUCGUGAGGUAGUAAAAUACCGGUAUCUUAGGAUGUAUGAUAUUAAGAAAAUUAUAUUCCUUUUUAUUUAAUAUAUUUUUUAUUUUCCCUUUCUCUAUCAAUACAUUAUAACUUGUUUUGAUUUCCUCUGUAGGAUCUUUAUUAAGUGUUAUAUAUGUAUUUGUGUCUCCCAAAAUUCUAUUGGCUUCCUUCAUAUAGUCCAUAUAUUCUAACAGGACUAUCCCGCCCCCCUUGUCAGCAGGUUUGAUGACAAGGGUGUUGUCAUUUUUAAAAUCUUUUAGAGCAAUCCUCUCUUUAAAGGUUAAGUUUUGUUCAUAUUUGUUUAAUCCUUUUAUCCUUUUUAUAUCUUGCAUAACCAUUCUCUCAAAGGUAAUCAUCUCUUCUGAGAUGCAGCAUUUGGGAAAGAAUUUUGAUGGUUCUUUUAAAUCAGUAUGGAUAAAUUCUGAUUGUUCUACUAGAUUAGGUUGUUCUGGAUGUUUCAUAAAAAACUUUUUAAGACACAAUUUCCUUUUAAACCGAUUCAUAUCUAUAAACAUAUCAAACUUAUCUAUACCUUUUGAGGGGGCGAAUUUAAGUCCUUUUGUUAGUAAUGUGUUCUGUGAUGGAGUUAAGGUUCUCUGUGUUAGAUUGAAUAUUCCCCCAUUAUUAGAUGGUGUUAAUAUUUGUUUUUUCUGUCUUUUCUGUACGUGAGUUCUUCCUCUAUUUCCCCGUCUUCUGGGCUUCUUUGUCUUUUGUUUAAUGGUUUUAGAGAGAGUGGAAUCUCUUUGUGUCUGUCUCUCAUAUACGAUUUCUGAAAAUCCUCUCCUCGUGGUGGUCUAACUGUAUAAUUGGAUCUACUUAAUGGAGGGUGUGUAGGGGACUUAUUUCUAAAUGUGUGUUGCAUAUUAGGUUCAAUGGUUGAAUAUCUUUGUCUUAUUCUAUUGCCUUCUCUAUUUGAGUGUUGAGGGGAUAUAUUUUGUUUCACCAUUGUUGCAUAGGAGGGUCGAUAUUCUUUUAAUUGUUUGUGUGUCCUAGAUGGGGGAGAUUUUUGGUCUGUUGGUCUGUAGUUUCUUUUUUUUUGACAAUCUUUAUUUAUUAUUUUGUCUUUUCAUUUUUUUUUUCUCGUAGACAAUACAAUUACACUCUUAGAUAAAGGCCUAUAACAUCGGGCCUAUAGAGUCAUUGUUAUCAAAACAAUACAGCGAAAUGGUGGCAUCUAAGCAAAAACACAUCGAAAACCAUAACCGUAAACACCCCCCCGAACCCCAAGGAUGGCCAGUCUCUCAGUACCCCUUCGGGUGUCACGUGAGGCGAGUAGAGAGUAGGACAUGGUGAUCGCAGCUAUCCCGUUGGCGUCGUAAAGCUGUGAUACCUAUCCACCACGUGUGCCUACCGCUACAUCCCCAUGGGCUAAUUGUUGCGCCCGCUCAUGUUCCCUAACCCCGUUAGCCCUCCUCUACUGCCCGCCCGGUGUACCAGUGUGCUUAAUAUAUAUUUGAACAUCAGAAUGGCCUCCGGCCCAACAGCUCCCCUCCCACCCCCGUAUUGCUGGAUGCCCCUAUAGAGCAAUUCGGGCGUCUAAUGCCUGGGUAAUCGAUUUGGCUGCGUACCCCCCUACAGAGCCCCGACCCCAUGAAGGCGCAACCGACCUCCUGCCCACGGGCCAAAUACCUUCCUUGGUGUGGGCCUCUCACCCAUCCCUACCAAGAUCUAUAACCACAUAGCCUCAUCCCCCUCCAAGUGCACGUCCGUCUUAUUGCCUGCCCUAGCCUUAUAUCUCCCACCCUGCGCUUCAAGUUGAUCCGUGAGCUUGGUUAGGGAGUCGGAGAGUGCAUAAACCUAUACCCGUGCGAUCCCCCCCGAUUGUCAACCGUCGGGGCGUUAGGACGGGAAAGGGAGGAGGAUAGUCAUAGCUGUGCUGUCAGGUAAGUGCCAUCCCCAAGGUAGUUCGGAGUCCGUGUAGUUGUCAGUCUGUCAAGGGAGAAAGAAGUUGCGCCGGCGCAGGGGCGCCCCCCCCCCCCGGGCCGGUCCCCCACCCGCGGCCCCCCUCGCAGUGUACUCCAUCCAAGGAAACCAUGUAAGGGCACAUUUAUCCGAACGUCCCUGCAGAGACGCCGUCAUCAGUUCCAUGUUGUAAAUCGCUUCGACUCGGUCCACCCACUGGCGAAGGGACGGGGCAAUCGGUUUUCUCCAUAGCGUGGGGAUAAGCGAUUUUGCCGCCGUGAGUAGAUGGAUAACGAGGCCCUUUUUGUAGAUAGUCACUGGCGUGCUCGUGUGAUUCAGCAGCAUCGGCAGCGGCUGGAAAGGUAUGUCUACCCCCGUUAUGUCCUUAAUUGCUUGGUGUACCUCUCGCCAGAAAGGCUCAAUGCCUGGGCAUGCCCACCAUAUAUGAAUCCCAGUGCCCUCCGCAGCGCCGCACCUCCAGCACUCACCCGAGAGAGUCUCGUGAACAUGACGAAGAAUAUCCGGGGUUCUGUGCCAUCGCGUCAGUAUCUUAUAAUUGCAUUCCUGAAACUUUGAGCUAAUGGUCCCCUUGUGCGUCAGUAGGAAAAAUUUUUGCCACUCCGUAUCCGUCAGCUCGAUCCCUGUUUCCCGUUCCCAGCGUAACUUGAAGCCUAAGGGGCUGUGGUCUCCGCAGUUCUGCAGCAUGGAAUAUAGGUGUGAGAUGCCGUGGGGGAUAUGCUGUCUGGAUACGCAGAGUUGCUCGAAGUAAGACAGUGCGCGGUGAAGGUGAGCCGUCCCAGCGAGGGAGGCUACAUAUGUCUUGAGCUGGUAGUAGCGAUAUCUGUCUAGGGUGCUCGGUUCUCGAUCUUGGAGGAGCUCCGCAAGCGGUUUAAGGGCCGGUCCGUUACACCACUGGUGCAGGUAAGUCCAGUCCUCUGCUCCAAAGGACUGCAGGUCUCCCGGGGAAAGUCCCCCCGCCAAUCUUGGAUUAUGUGUCACGGGUGUAAGCGGGUUUGGAGACGACGUAAGUUUUUUAGAGUAGCGAAUGCUACACCACACUUUCAGUGUAGCAUCUAUCAACGGGUUACCUGUUUGCAGAUCCUGGAACGUGGCCCCUCCCAGCCAUAGUUGGGCAGGGAUUUUGCCUCCUCUAGUCUGUAACUUCUCCAUAUCUACCCAUUGUUUACCACUCGGGGCUGCAUGCCAGUCCACUAGACGGUAAAGGUGCGAUGCCCGGUAGUACGUAAGGGCUGAGGGUAAGCCCAUACCGCCCUCACUGCGGGGGCGUUCCAGGAUCUCCUGCCGUACCCGAACAGGUUUCUGGUUCCACACAAACUGUCGAAAGGAGGAUGAUAAUGUCUGGAAGAAGCUCCGCGGGACCGAGAUCGGGAGCGUCUGAAACAGGUACAGUAUGCGGGGCAUGACGUUCAUUUUGAUGGCGCUGAUACGACCAAACCAAGAUGUAUUGCGGGGCCCAACGCCUCAUGUCCUGUUGCAGAGUUGACAGUAGAGGGGCAAAAUUCAUAGAAUAGAUUUGGGUUAGGUCACACGGUAACCAAACACCUAAGUACCGCAAUUUGGUCGGGCAGAUCUUGAAGGGGAAGUGCGCCUGAACAUGUCUCCGGAGGGAAGGGCUCCGGGAAAGAGGCAUCAAUUCCGAUUUUUCUAUGUUGAGUUUCAGAUUGGAGACUGAGCUAUAGGCUCGAAAGGCUUCCAGUAGGUUCGGCAGUGAAAUCCUUGGCUGCUCCAGGAGGAAGAGCAUGUCAUCCGCAUAAGCGGCCACCCGAUGCUCUCCCCCCCCCCAACCGGCACCCCGUUAUACCCCCAUCCCGUCUGACCGCCUCCAGGAAAGGUUCCAGGGUGAGGGCAAACAGGAGGGGGGACAGGGGGCAUCCCUGCCGAGUGCCGUUGCUAAUGUUGAACGAGCCCGUGAGCGCACCAUUAACUCUGAUUUGCGCAGUCGGCUUGGAGUACAGUGCCGCCACCCACAACCGCAACCCAGGUCCAAAGCCCAUAUGCUCCAGAGUCUCCAGCAUAUAUGUCCAAUCAACUCUAUCGAAUGCCUUCUCGGCGUCGGUGGAAAGCAGCACCAUCUCCCUACUAGUGGUGCGAGCUAGGUGGAUAGAGUUGAGGGCCCGAAUGGUAUUAUACCGGGCCUCCCGACCCGGAAUAAACCCUACCUGAUCUGAGUGGACGAGAUCCGGCAGAGACCUAGCCAUCCGGAGAGCCAGGGCUUUAGCAAACAGCUUAAUGUCCGCGUUGAGCAAGGAUAUCGGCCUAUAACUAGCACACUCCACGGGGUUCUUGCCCUCCUUAAGGAGGAUCGUGACUGUUGCCCUCAGUGAAUCCUCAUGGAACCGACCCUCGUCCCGCAAAGAGUUUAGCCCCAUCACCAGGCGGGGCAGGAGGUCAUCCCGGAAAGCACGUAGGUAGGAGGUUGGUAAGCCGUCCGGGCCUGGCGCCCGAUGAGCCUUGGUCGCCUUCAAAGCUCCCGAGAGUUCCUCUAACGUCAAAGGAGCCUCAAGAUCUGCCAUCUGCUCCUGGGAGAGUCUGCGUGCGACGUGGUUCUGUAGGUAUUCCGCUAUCCUGACCUUGUGCCGGCUGUCCUCCGACGCCGAGCGGCCCCGUGUCUGAUCAUACAACGCCGCAUAGUACUCCUGGAACGCACCCAGGAUACCAUUUGAGAGGCGCGUAAUGUCCUUCCCGCCCGUGCGUAUUUUGUGGACAUGUUGCAACCUGCGCUUCUCCCGAAGCAUCCUCGCCAGGAGCUUCCCACACUUAUUUGAAUGUUCGUAAUAGUAUCUAGCGGCCCUCCUCGCGGUAAACAUCACCCCCUGCGACAGAAUAGUUUUCAGUUCUCUACGUACCUCCACAAGUUUAAGAUAUGUGCCCUCGUCCAAAGACUCUUUAUGGGUCCCCUCCAGCUCUGCGAUGCGUGCUGUCAGGCUCGCAAUGCGGGCCAGUCUGUCCUUUUUGCGCCUGGUACUCUCCGCGAUGAAGAAGCCCCGAAUGACGCAUUUAUGCUCCUCCCAAAGCCUUAGGGGAGACAAGUCCGGGUCCUCAUUGGUGGUAAAGUAGUCCACCAGAGCGCGGGCCGCCGCCUGCGUAAGUGCCUUAUCGUCCAGCAUGGUUUCGUUAAGCUUCCACUGACGCUCACUGGGCUUGAAUAGCGGGGAGCUGGUAUGAACCAGGACUGGUGCAUGAUCCGAGUGGUCCUGGAUGCCUAUGCGCGAGCCCUGCAGGAGGUUUAGAAAUUCUUGAGCCAGGAAGAUAUAGUCGAUGCGGCUGUACCGUGCGUGCGCUGCGGAGUAAUGGGUGUAGUCCCGCUCGUCUGGAUUGCAAGCCCUCCAGCAAUCCACCAGCCCUAUCUUGUGCAGAGAGCGUUGGACCUGCCUGAUGCAUGGUGCCGGGAGCGCGGUUGCACCCCUGGAGGUAUCAAGCAAUAAGUCCAGCGGUAUUUUGAGAUCCCCCGCCAGGACCAAUAGGCCCUCCCUAAAUUUUUCCAGUUUGGCUAACGUCCGGGAGAGAAAGGUAUGCUGCCCCUUAUUUGGGCAGUAUACACUUGCGAAUGUAUAGGCAUGAUCCGCUAUGGUACCCUUUAUAAAUAGGUACCUCCCCCCCGGAUCCGCCUGGGACGCUACGUGUUGGAAAGGCGUCGUCUGGGCGAAUAGGAUGGCUACACCCGCUCUUUUGGCAGUGGGGUGAUUAGCGGAAAAUCCUUGCAGGAACCGCCGAGUCUCCAAUUUGGGGGCAUCUCCCCCCUUGAAGUGCGUCUCUUGCAGGAACGCAACGGAUGCCUCCGCCGCCCACAGCUGCCUCAAUAGAUGCGAUCGUUUUUCGGGCGUAUUGAGCCCCUGUAUAUUAUUGGACCAAUAGGUCAUCCGUGCCGGGACAAAGCCCCGGCCGGGAGCCAUCACCGCGACGGAAGGGCGCCCCCGCAGUGGCACAAGUGGUACUGUGGAGCGUUGGGAGCAGUAGGAAAGUCAAGUCAAGUACACAAGGUCGUGAGAAAACCUCCCCCCACCCUCUGGGAGCAACGUCGACCCUUAGCCGGGGAUAGGUUACCCGUUCGAGGGACCCCCGGCUCUAUUUACAAAAAAGGGUCUGUCUCAGUGAAGAUCAAAAGGGCCCCUGACUGUAUUGGCGUUCCCACUAGGUGUAGUAGUCAGAACCGCCCCUGCUUCCAUCGGCUCCCACCCUGUGUGUCAGGUAUGCGUGUAUCCAGCAACUAGUGUAUAGGUAUCGUGAGGAAAAUCAAAUGAGACCACUCCCCCCCCCGAAGCCUCAGCCCAUCCCCCCUCUAUGUGUAAGCCCACAGCCAUAGGGUGCCGGUGGCCUUUCCGAAAUCCCCCCUCAUCUCCCUCCUGCAACAUCCAGGGGUGGCUACCGGCAGGAGGGGCCCACCCCAGCUUGGCUGCUGAACCCACCACGAAGCUCCGGCCCCCCCUUCACUCCAGCUGGUCCCCACACCCUCCCUCCACCUCUCUGGACCCGCCUCCUCUCCCUCCCGAUACCCCCCCCUCCGCUCUUGUCCCCACACCCCCCGACCACCGUGAUAUCAUCCACUCCCUGCUAACCCGUGCAGACAGGCUACGCAAAGACCCACUCCUCGGCUCCCAUCAGUCCCCCCCACUCCCCCCCAGAUGGGAAAUGGAGCGGGAGAUGGGAAAAAAAAAGGGGGGAGUAAAAGAAAAAUAGAUAAAAGGUACUAAUAACGGGGGGGGGGAAAGAAGGAGACCGCUGCGUAUGUCCCAAGCCAGCCCCGGCGUCCCCAAGUAUCCCCACGGUCCGCCGGGCUCCCCCGGUCUACAACAUCCCCUGGGCCCAGACCAGACCAGCCUGCCCGCCCCACUUAUGCUGGAUCCCACCAGGUAACCCCAGCCCUAAAGCUACCAAACCCGCAGAGCCCUUCCCACCCCACCUAAAUGCUAACUCACCCACAUGCAGCUAACAGUCCUCCACUAAACAUACCCCUCCAGAGCUGUCCGGCGGCCACGACCAAGUCACCUAGGGUCCCAGCAGGUACAGGUCUGCGGGAUCCCGGCAUACCGGGCCAACCGCUGCUAUUCUUCAGGGCCAUUUGGCCCCCCUCUGCGUCGUUGGGGCUCCUGAUCCGGGUGCAGGUUGUGUGCCAUCUCUGAUGGGCCCACUGCUCUCGCCGGCGGACCCUCCAGGAUCCAGUUCGGGAUGGUGACAUGGGGAAGGCCAGCAUUGCGGAGAAAACGAGGAAUGUCAUUCGGCCAUUUUAGAACAUGCCACAUGUUGUCCACUCGGGCCUGAAGACUGAAGGGAAAGCCCCACUUGUACGGGAUCCUCCUCUCCUGUAGUAGCCGGGUAAGCGGCCUCAGGGCCCUCCUGGCGUCCAGGGUGGUCUGCGACAAGUCCUGGAACAGGGACACCGGGGAAUCCAUGUAGCUGAGGUCGGGUCGGGAGCGCGCUGCUUUCAUCAGCUCCUCCUUGAGCGGAAAAGACACCAGGGCGCAGAUCAGGUCUCUGGGGAGGCCAUCCCGUCUGGGUGCCCGGAGAGCCCUGUGAGCCCUCACGAUGCCAAAGUCCUCCGGAGCCGCCUCACCCAGCAGGUGUGUGAACAGGCCG